GAAAUAAAGGAAGAGACUGAAAAAUUAAGGUACAUUUGUUUUAAUUCUGUUUAGGAAUACAUCCUGGUUAAUUUAGGUGAUUUCUUUGUUUCCUUUCACCCUACUGAAUGUCUCUGCCUGUACUGUUCUUGUACAUUUUAACGCUUGUUUUGAAAUCAAACCUCGCCUUAGCGUGCCCUUGAGUUCAGUAUGAAGUGUGUUUUGUGUGUGUGUGUGUUUUGUGUGUGUGUUGUGUGUGUGUGUGUGUUUUGUGUGUGUGUUGUGUGUGUGUGUGUGUGGCCUCCAGUGUGUUUUUAUUUGUCUCUCCACCUGGUCUACUUCUCCCUGUCAUUAAUGGCUUUUCUCUUGGACAUUUACAUUUUUACAUUUUAGUCAUUUAGCAGACGCUCUUAUCCAGAGCGACUUACAGUUAGUGCAUACAUUAUUUUAUCGAACCCACAACCCUGGCGUUGCAAACGCCAUGCUCUACCAACUGAGCUACAUCCCCUGCCGGCCAAAUCCCUCCCCUACCCUGGACGACGCUGGGCCAAUUGUGCGCGCCGCCCCAUGGGUCUCCCGGUCGCGGCCGGCUACGACAGAGCCUGGAUACAAACCAGGAUCUCUAGUGGCACAGCUAGCACUGCGAUGCAGUGCCUUAGACCACUGCGCCACUCGGGAGUAACCCCUGGACCCCUGCCUAGUGCCCAGCUCUAGCCUGAGAGGGUGUGUGUGCGUGCGUGUGCGUGCGUGUGCGUGUGUGUGUGUUAGAGCGGGAGAGAGAGAAAUGGAAAGACAGAGAGAGAGAAGCUGGCUUUCACCUGGGAGAGGGAGCAUUUGCGUGUGUGUUUGUGGAGCUUUUCUGCCCGGUAACUGGAUCUGAGGAAUGAAAUAUACCAAGAGUACCCCCUCGAGAGUCCCACAGCAGAACUGGAUCAGCAUGUUCCGUGUGCCAGCUAGGCUAGCUCUGCCCAAAUGAGACCCCUGGGGUAGGGGAGUUAGGCUGGGGGUGGGGUAGGAGAGUUAGGGCUGGGGGUGGGUGAGGGGAGUUAGGCUGGGGGUGGGGUAGGGGAGUUAGGCUGGGGGUGGUAGGGGAGUUUAGGCUGGGGGUGGUAGGGGGAGUUAGGCUGGGGGUGGGGUAGGGGAGUUAGGCUGGGGGUGGGUAGGGGGAGUUAGGCUGGGGGUGGGUAGGGGAGUUAGGCUGGGGGGUGGGUAGGGGAGUUAGGCUUGGGGGGGGUAGGGGAGUUUGGCUGGGGGGGGGUAGGGGAGUUAGGCUGGGGGGUGGGUAGGGGAGUUAGGCUGGGGGUGGGUAGGGGAGUUAGGCUGGGGGGUGGGUAGGGGAGUUGGAGGGGGGUGGGUGGGGAGUGGCUGGGGGUGGGUAGGGGAGGUAGGCUGGGGGUGGGGUAGGGAGUUAGGUGGGGGUGGGGUAGGGGAGUUAGGUGGGGGUGGGUAGGGGGUUGGCUGGGGGUGGGUAGGGGAGUUAGGCUGGGGUGUGGGGUACGGGGGUAGUUGGUAGGGGGGGGUGGGGGGUUACUGGGGGUGGGUAGGGGUUAGGCUGGGGGUGGGUAGGGGAGGUAGGCGGGGGUGGGGUAGGGGAGUUAGGGUGGGGGGGGGUAGGGGGAUUAGGCUGGGGGGGGUAGGGGAGUUAGGGGAGUUAGGCUGGGGGUGGGGGGUAGGGGAGUUAGGCUGGGGGUGGGGUAGGGGAGGUAGGCUGGGGGGGGUAGGGGAGUUAGGCUGGGGGUGGGUAGGGAGUUAGGCUGGGGGUGGGUAGGGGAGUUAGGCUGGGGGGGGGGGGUAGGGGAGGUAGGUGGGGGUGGGUAGGGGAGGUUUGGCUGGGGGUGGGGAGGGGGUUAGGCUGGGGGUGGGUAGGGGAGUUAGGCUGGGGGUGGGUAGGGGAGUGAGGCUGGGGGUGUGGGUAGGGGAGUAGGGCUGGGGGGGGGGUGGGGGUAGGGGAGUUAGGCUGGGGGUGGGUAGGGAGUUAGGCUGGGGGUGGGUAGGGGAGAGGGGUGGGUAGGGGAGUUAGGGGGGGGGUAGGGGAGUUGGCUGGGGGGGGUAGGGGUAGGUGGGGUGGAGGAGUUAGGCUGGGGGUGGGUAGGGGGUUAGCUGGGGGUGGGUAGGUAGGGGGGGGGGUAGGGGAGUUAGGCUGGGGGUGGGUUAGGGGAGUUAGGCUGGGGGUGGGUAGGGGAGUUAGGCUGGGGGUGGGUAGGGGAGUUAGGCUGGGGGUGGGUAGGGGAGUGAGGAUGGGGGUGGGUAGGGAGUAGUUAGGCGGGGGGUGGGGUAGGGGGAGUUAGGGGUGGGGGGGUGGGUUUGGGGGGGGUAGGGAGUUAGGCUGGGGGUGGGGGAGGGGGGAGUUAGGCUGGGGGGGGGUAGGGAGUUAGGCUGGGGGUGGGUAGGGGAGUUAGGCUGGGGGUGGGGGGGAGUAGGUGGGGGGGGGGGUAGGGGAGUUAGGUCGGUGGGGGGGUAGGGGAGUUAGGCUGGGGGUGGGUAGGGAGUUAGGGGGGGUGGGUAGGGGAGUUAGGCUGGGGGUGGGUAGGGGAGUUAGGCUGGGGGGUGGUAGGGAGGUGCAGGGUGGGUGGGUUAGGCGGGUGGAGGGGAGUUAGGCGGGGGGGGGUAGGGGAGUUAGGCUGGGGGGUGUGGUAGGGGAGUUAAAGGGUGGGGGUAGGGUAGGGGAGUGUAGGCUGGGGGUGGGUAGGGGAGCUAGGCUGGGGGUGGGUAGGGGAGUUAGGCUGGGGGUGGGUAGGGGAGUUAGGCUGGGGGUGGGUAGGGGAGUUGGUGGGGGUGGGUAGGGGAGUUAGGCUGGGGGUGGGUAGGGAGUAGUAGGCUGGGGGUGGGUAGGGGAGUUAGGCUGGGGGGGUGGGUAGGGGAGCUUAGGCUGGGGUGGGUAGGGGAGUAGGCUGGGGUGGGUAGGGGAGUAGGCUGGGGUGGGUAGGGGUAGGGGAGUUAGGGUGGGGGUGGGUAGGGGUGAGGAGUAGGCUGGGGGUGGGUAGGGGAGUUAGGCUGGGGUGGUGGGGGAGUUAGCUGGGGUGUGUAUAGAGAGUUGCUCAGUGGAGGGGAUUUAGGUGGGGGGUAGGAGAGGAGGGGGGUAGGGGAGGCGUUAGUAUAGCAGACUGUACUAAUCGAAGUUGCCUGCCCUUGGGUCAGAAAUAGGGGAAAAAAACAGAUAAGGUUUUUUACGCCAAAAAAAGUGUCAAAAUUAUUAAGCCCAAAAGCAACGCUAGCUGAAUAUAUUGUUAGCAUUCUUUAGUCUCCCUAGAAGCCUGGCUAAACCUAUAUUUAUGUAAAUUAUGAAAUGAUCAGGCUAAUCCUGUAUGUUGCUUAUUAGAGUGGAAAACACAUGCAGAGCAGGGAGGGACUCAGUGACUCAUGACUCAGACCCAUGCAUAGAAUUAGCAGAAGUAGAAUGGACAUUUCCAUUCAAAACAACGACUGAGGGCAUAUUGGUUGAAAUACUCAAUCAUGCUUAUCAUAUCAUCUUUCAGAAUUCUGUAUGCUUCCUCUUCUCUUCCUUAUCCACCGCUUUCUCUCUCUCUCUCUCUCUUUCUCUCCUGCUCUCUCUCUCUCUCUCUCUCUCUCUCUCUCUCUCUCUCUCUCUCUCUCUCUCUCUCUCUCUCUCUCUUUCUCUCGCUCUCUUUCUCUCUCUCUUUCUCCCGCUCUCUUUCUCUCUCUCGCUCUCUUUCUCUCUCCCACUCUCUCUCUCUCCCGCUCUCUCUCCCGUGUCCCACUGCACUCUGCGAGGUUAUCCCUCUAAAGAAGCUGAAGUCAUCCCUUUCUCUCUGCCAAGACAAACACAGCCCUUCCCUUCUCUCUCUCCCCUCUCUCCCUUCUCUCUCUUCCUCUCUCAAGUCCUCCAUCCUUGGCUCAGAGCUCAGUGCAGUCUGGGUGUGGUUGUUCUGCAGAAUAAUAUUUUAGCCCACAGCCAAUGACCCCAGGUUUAGAUCUAUAAUAUUUUAACCCACAGCCAAUGACCCCUGGUUUAUAUCUAUAAUAUUUUAGCCCACAGCCAAUGACCCCAGGUUUAGAUCUAUAAUAUUUUAGCCCACAGCCAAGGACCCCUGGGUUAAAUCUAUAAUAUUUUAGCCCACAGCCAAGGACCCCUGGGUUAAAUCUAUAAUAUUUUAGCCCACAGCCAAGGACCCCUGGGUUAAAUCUAUAAUAUUUUAGCCCACAGCCAAGGACCCCUGGGUUAAAUCUAUAAUAUUUUAGCCCACAGCCAAGGACCCCUGGGUUAAAUCUAUAAUAUUUUAGCCCACAGCCAAGGACCCCUGGGUUAAAUCUAUAAUAUUUUAGCCCACAGCCAAGGACCCCUGGGUUAAAUCUAUAAUAUUUACGCAUGACUGUAAGUCGCUUUGGAUAAAAGCGUCUGCUAAAUGGCAUAUUAUUAUUUAUUAUUAUUUUAGCCCACAGCCAAGGACCCCUGGUUUAGAUCUAGGAUCCAUAAAGACAGACAGCACUCACAAAUAUGGCUUUUACCUUGGUUUUAUUCUUUAGCAACAGUCACAAGGAUGCGAUUUUGGCUACAAAGAUUUUUGACAGUGUAAAGACAGUCAACAGAGUUGGAGCUGAGAGCAUUAUUAUCAGGUGUAUGACAUCAUGGAUCUCUCAUACUUUUCCUAAAGUAGAAGAAUUGCAGUUGUGUUUCUUUGUAAAAGUUAGCCGCUUACAGUGUUUUAAAUUGAGCUGCAUACAGUACAUGCAUAAAGACAUUAACAGUACAUUGUUAGUAGUCUGUGAAUGCCAGAAUAAAGGCUGGUUUAAAUCUAGGUUAUGUUUUUAUCAUGUUUUGAGUAGAGAACAGACUAGAUUGUAUAAUCUUUUUUCUCCAGUCCGCCUCCAGACAGCAAAUCAGAUUCUAGCGCUCUUCCGCCAAUCAAAUCAAAGACCAGCUUCGUCGAGGCCGACAAGUACUUCCUGCCGUUUGAGUUGGCGUGUCAGUCCAAAUGUCCCCGCAUCGUCGUCACAUCCCUAGACUGUUUACAGGUCAGUGACAGAGGAGGUCAGGAAGUGAACCCUGUGUGUCUACUACUGUAUGUCUAUGUUUCUUUCCUUUGGAGGUUCUCUAAUGAUAUGUCACAACAAAUGAGGCAUCGUGGUGAAGAACUAUCAUAUCAGCUGGAUUCAACUGGAGUCAUUUUUAUUUCAGUUCAAAUCUAAAUUUGACCCAGAACUGAACUAUAAUGUUUUUUAUUGUUUGCUUAGUUCAUACAUAGUACAGUUCAUGUUUAUAUGGGGUGUUUCUGAAUGGAAUUCAGGAGUUGUGUUUUUCUGACUGUGUUCCUCUGUGUGUUUGGGGUGUGUCUUGUAGAAGCUGAUAGCGUACGGCCACCUGACAGGCAACGGUCCAGACAGCGCUGCCCCGGGCAAGAAGCUCAUCGACAGGAUCAUCGAGACCAUUUGUGGCUGCUUCCAGGGACCACAGACAGACGAGGGGGUGCAGCUACAGAUCAUAAAGGUUGGCGACUGCUGUUGUUUGGUCUCUCUGCUGGGAACUGGGUGUGUUUUGGAUACUGUGUCCUGCUAUUGUAGGUUUCUGUGCUUUCCCGCAUGGUGAUUAUUUAGUAUAUAGAAUAGUGUUAUAUCUGUGUAGUGAGUCUGUCUGUGUGUGUUACGGUCACCUGUAGACAGGAGGGUAAUGGUUGAGGGAAGUGCACUAAGCAGUGGAUGAGAGAAGUACACUGAGGUUAGUGCACUAAGUAGUGAUGGAUGACGAGAAGUGCACUUAGCAGUGGUUGAGGGAGGUGUACAGAUCUGUUAUCUUAAUUUGAUAACUAUGUUGUCACAGAUAAUUUUCUCAGAGAAAUGAAAAUUGUAGUGUAUUCAAGGUUAAAAAUUAUUCUAAAGUUUGUAAUUUCCAAUUUAAAGUUUCAGACUUGAUUUGCCCUAACGAAAAAUGUAUCAACCCCUACAAAAAUGUCCAUUAAUUACAAUCCACAUAAUAAUUCACAUUUCCUGUUGCUUUAGGAUUAUUUUCCUGCUGUGAGAAGGGUCAUAUUAAGACUACUUAGAAGUGAUGACUGACAGUAAGUGCUGUGAGUCAGAGGGCCUGAUCGUCUUGCAGGGGCAGUGUUAUUUCCUAGUACAGUACAGUACUCCUCGCUGUGAAACAGAAGCCCAAAUCUCAGCCUCUACCCCUAAUCUGCUGUCAGCUCAGUUUGGCUCAGCUCAGCGCAUCUUGGCUCAGCUCGGCCCAGUAUAGCUGUGACUGGGAGGAGGAUGGUCAAGAGGUCAGCGAUGUGAGAUGCAGAGGACUGUAGCUCUGUUUUUAAUCUAUUCAUUGUGUCUUUCACACAAGUAAUUUAUGCUAUGAGUAGCCAUGAUAGACCUCUCUCUCUCUCUCUCUCUCUCUCUCUCUCUCUCUCUCUCUCUCUCUCUCUCUCUCUCUCUCCUUCCCUCCCUCUUUCCCUCACUCCCGCCCCCCCCUCCCACAAGGCCCUGUUGACGGCGGUGACCUCCCAGCACAUAGAGAUCCACGAGGGCACGGUGCUGCAGGCGGUCAGGACCUGCUACAACAUCUACCUAGCCAGCAAGAACCUCAUCAACCAGACCACGGCUAAGGCCACGCUCACUCAGAUGCUCAACGUCAUCUUCGCCCGCAUGGAGAACCAGGCAGUAAGUCCCUCUCUGAGACACACGCCAAGGUCCCAGUGUCCACACUAACAUACCACUUAGAAUGCAUGAUGCCCAAUAGAUGGCUUCAUUUUAAGUGGUGUAUUAGUGUGGAUAUUGAAACAGAGCUAAAGACUGAUAGAGAUACUGCACUAAGGGGAAAAGGCAAGAUACACAGACACACAUAGAGGGAAAGAGAGGGUAACUCUUUAUUUGAGCACUUUUGUUUAGUCACAUGCUUGGUAAACAACAGGUGUAGACUAACAGUGAAAUGUUUACUUACGGCCCUUCCCAACAAUAGAGAGAGAAAGAAAGAGCAUGGGCUAUGCGGUCAUAAUCAUGACAUAGCAUAUGAAUAAGGAAGCGUAAGGGUUUACAGUGAGGGAAAAAAGUAUUGGAUCCCCUGCUGAUUUUGUAAGUUUGCCCACUGACAAAGACAUGAUCAGUCUAUAAUUUUAAUGGUAGGUUUAUUUGAACAGUGAGAGACAGAAUAACAACAAAAAAAUCCAGAAAAACGCAUGUCAAAAAUGUUAUAAAUUGAUUUGCAUUUUAAUGAGGGAAAUAAGUAUUUGACCCCCGCUCAAUCAGAAAGAUUUCUGUCUCCCAGGUGUCUUUUAUACAGGUAACGAGCUGAGAUUAGGAGCACACUCUUAAAGGGAGUGCUCCUAAUCUCAGCUUGUUACCUGUAUAAAAGACACCUGUCCACAGAAGCAAUCAAUCAAUCAGAUUCCAAACUCUCUACCAUGGCCAAGACCAAAGAGCUCUCCAAGGAUGUAAGGGACAAGAUUGUAGACCUACACAAGGCUGGAAUGGGCAACAAGACCAUUGCCAAGCAGCUUGGUGAGAAGGUGACAACAGUUGGUGCGAUUAUUCGCAAAUGGAAGAAACACAAAAUAACUGUCAAUCUCCCUCGGCCUGGGGCUCCAUGCAAGAUCUCACCUCGUGGAGUUGCAAUGAUCAUGAGAACGGUGAGGAAUCAGCCCAGAACUACACGGGAGGAUCUUGUCAAUGAUCUCAAGGCAGCUGGGACCAUAGUCACCAAUAAAACAAUUGGUAACACACUACACCGUGAAGGACUGAAAUCCUGCAGCGCCCGCAAGGUCCCCCUGCUCAAGAAAGCACAUAUACAGGCCGUCUGAAGUUUGCCAAUUAACAUCUGAAUGAUUCAGAGGAGAACUGGGUGAAAGUGUUGUGGUCAGAUGAGACCAAAAUCGAGCUCUUUGGCAUCAACUCUUGACCCCAAGAACACCAUCCCCACCGUCAAACAUGGAGGGUGUUUUUCUGCUAAGGGGACAGGACAACUUCACCGCAUCAAAGGGACGAUGGACGGGGCCAUGUACCGUCAAAUCUUGGGUGAGAACCUCCUUCCCUCAGCCAGGGCAUUGAAAAUGGGUCGUGGAUGGGUAUUCCAGCAUGACAAUGACCCAAAACACACGGCCAAGGCAACAAAGGAGUGGCUCAAGAAGAAGCACAUUAAGGUCCUGGAGUGGCCUAGCCAGUCUCCAGACCUUAAUCCCAUAGAACAUCUGUGGAGGGAGCUGAAGGUUCGAGUUGCCAAACGUCAGCCUCGAAACCAUAAUGACUUGGAGAAGAUCUGCAAAGAGGAGUGGGACAAAAUCCCACCUGAGAUGUGUGCAAACCUGGUGGCCAACUACACGAAACGUCUGACUGUCAGUGUCUGGGUGAAGUGGGGAAACGGAAUCAGGCGCAGGACACAGAACUGAGAGAUGAAUGGCUUUACUAGACUCAAAGUAAACCAUAGCAAACCCUCCACGCAGGGAAGAGCAAAAACAACAGCUCAACAGACGACGUAACAAAGAACAAUCACGCACACACCCAGGAGGGAAAACAGAGGUGAUAUAGGGAAACUAAUAAGCCUAAUUAGUAACAGGUGUGAAUAAUAAAGACAGGACUAGUGAGACACAGAAACAUCGAUUGGUGGCAGCUAGUACUCCGGUGACGACGAACGCCGAAGCCUGCCCGAGCGAGGAGGGGCAGCCUCGGCUGUAUCCGUGACACUGACUUCUGUGAUUGCCAACAAGGGUUUUGCCACCAAGUACUAAGUCAUGUUUUGCAGAGGGGUCAAAAACGUAUUUCCCUCAUUAAAAUGCAAAUCAAUUUAUAACAUUUGUGACAUGCGUUUUUCUGGAUUUUGUUGUUGUUAUUCUGUCUCUCACUGUUCAAAUAAACCUACCAUUAAAAUUAUAGACUGAUCAUGUCUUUGUCAGUGGGCAAACAUACAAAAUCAGCAGGGGAUCCAAUACUUUUUUCCCUGUAUGUGUCAGGCUACAGCUUGGCUAAACAUGGCUAGCUUGACAGCUACAUAACCAAUCUGACUACUUCUAACUUCCGUCAUGCUGAUGACAGUAUAACAUACACUUUCUGACCAGAGGUCUAAGUAAGGUGUUAAGCUUGCUCUAAUAUCAUCUUUUUCUUUUCCGAUUGACACUCCCCCCCCCCCCCCCCCCCCCCCCCCACCUCACCUCCCCUACGGAUACAUAGCUUACAAAUCACAAGAUAUCUUGGUCUCUGGCCUCCAGAAAACGUGACCGCCAGGUAAAGCCUACAGGACUGCCUUGACUUGCCUGAUCUGAACUCUGAACUCUUCUCUGUGUGCUCAUUCGGCUCCUUCCAUCCAUCCAUCCAUCUAUAUCUCUUUCUCUUCCUCUGUUCCAGCUAUGGGGCAGACUUGCAUUGUGGUUAGACUGUGCUUGCUGUUGCUUCAGUUCAGUUGCUUGCUAAUCAUUAUAUUUUCUUCAACACCGAUUUCCAUUUUACAUUCACUCGUCUGUGUGUGUGUGUGUGUGUGUUCAUACCAGUCGACAGAGCCUUUCAACUGCUUUUCUGUUUGCAUUGUGUGUGUUUGGGCUUAACCCUCCUGAUUAAGAAAUAGACACACACAGUUGAUAGAAUUGGUAAAUGUAAUGUCAUCAUUAUAGUACGUGCGUGCGUGCGUGUGUGUGUGUGCGCGUGUGUGUAAUGUCUAGCUGCCACAGAGAUAAUGCUUCUACAAGACUCUGCCAUGUCUGAUAGGAGGAGUCUCACUCCCACCUGGAGUUGGUCAGUGAGCUGCAUACUAAACACGGCUGGCUGGAUUUUCUCAAUGUCACCACAACCUCUACUAAUGUCCUCUCUUUAUUUAACCUUUAUUUAGCCAGGAAAGCGGUUGAGAACAAAUUCUCUUACAUUAACAACCUAAAAAAUGCCCCAAUGUUGGGUGAAUAGGAAUAGGGGAAAUAUCUAUAGCCUGGUGUUAGAGACCGUGUAUCAUUCACAUUCAUAUUGGUAUUUGCUUUAAUUCCUAACCUGUGUCUUUUCUUUUGAAUCAUGCUUUCAUCAUUGUGUGGUUCAGUUUUUCAGUUCUUUUAACAUGAUUUUUGUAGCACACCUACACGUGCAGCCUGAUUGAUACUGUGAAGUGGGCUGCUAUAGCUUGGCUGAAAGAAUUACGAUUUUUCAGUUAAAUAUAUUAUUUUCUUAGAAUUAUUUAUUCUCGUGCCACUGUAUACUAUAACAGAAAUGUUUAUGAUGUGUAUAUUUAUAGGUUCAAAUGAGCGUACACAUACACAUCAACAUCAGUGAUACAUCAACCAGGAGAACAUGCAGUAUGAACGUAUUUUAGACCAAAAAUACUCUGCCUCCUUCUCUGCACUGAAAUAGCCCAGUUUAUAUAAGCAUGAAGGGAUGCUUUGCCUCAUACUUGUUUUGACAGCAUGUCCUACUGUAUGACUGCUCAUUCAUAAACACAUUUUAGACAGUCCUGAUGUUAAAAGAGCCUUGCAGAAUCUCAGUGUUCUGCGGUCUCUGCCUGGAAAACUGUGAUUCCAAAGCUGCCAUUUGUUGCUUCCUGAUCUGACAUUGGCUUUUGGGGUCGGAAAAACCUUAGGGAAUCUUUGAGCAGUUGUUCAGGCUUGUAUUUCAUAUAAUGAGUUUGUGUACAUUGUGUUAACACAUUUCUCUGUGUGUGCGACUGUGUGUGUGUGAAUUUGGUUGUAUGUGGCUACGCUGGGUUAUACUCUGUCUUGGUCUUUGGAUGUGUCUGUGUUACUGUGUGUGUGUGUCCCCUCCCCUUCUCCUCCAAAGCUCCAGGAGGCCAAGCAGAUGGAGAGGGAGAAGCACCGGCAGCACUCCCCAGUCACCCAGCAACAGGAACAGGAACCAGACUCGCCCCAGCUCCAGCAGCACACCUAUCCCGCAGCCAAGCGCCUUCCUCGGGAGGCCAACGGCCCCACCACCCCCUCUACACCCACGCCCACCUCCACCCCCUCCACACCUACACCUGCUCCGGCCCCUCAGGGCAGCACGGCUGGGGCAGGGGUCCCCCAGGAGGGCCAGGGGGCCACGGAGGAGGAGCAGGCAGAGCAGGGGGAACCGGGGGCGGUUAAUGAGAGCACGGACCCAGAGUUCAGCACAGCAGAGAACCACCAGACAGAGGCAGACCAGGCCAGAGCCUCAGCACAGAGUGAGCCUCACCUUAGAGCGGACAUACAGAUAGACAAGGACACAGUGUUUCACACACAAUCAAACAUACUCAUAUAGGCAGUCAUGUUCAAGUUCACACAGACACAGACUUUCACUCUCACUCAAUACUUUUUACCAUAGUGGAUGUAAGUGUAUUGAUCAUAGACAUAUCCAGGGUAUUGUUCUAGACUGGUAUCUUGGCUGCUUUAGACAGUAACAAAGCUUCAACCUUGACAUUUUCGUGUACUCAAUAUUGGUAGAAUAUUUAGUCUUUGUUAAAUAAGCAUUUAAUGAGACGGCAUUCUCUUUAGACACUAAUGCAGUAGUUUAAAGAAAACCUGAAUAAAUGCGUUCAUUAGUGAUUGAAUGCGAGAUAGGAUAGAGAAAAGAUUGGCACCGAGAGUGAGAAGAGACGCAUCCAAAGAUUCAAUAGUAAUUUUGUUUGCAAAUUACUCAGUGCUUUCAGCACAAACACACACACACACACCCACGCACUAUUUAUUUAGUGAAGAUGUGAUAGCUGAUGCCAGUGACUACUGUUUAUCUUGUCAACUUUGAUGUUCACAGUACUUCAACAAAUCAAAGGCUAAUGCUCAGCCUCUCUCAGAGAAAACACUUUCUUUACUCAAUCUGCCAAUUUACUGUUUCCACAUUUCUUUAAGUGUAUUGAGGUCCUUUUUGAAUGGACUUUGACUAAAGUUUUACUUGUCCUGUGUUCAAGGUGCCACUCAGCGUGAUCAGGAAGCAGUAGAGGAGGGGGAGGAGCCUAACUAUGAGAAGCAAGCCCAGGAGAUCAUCCAGAGCAUCCUACAGGAGGUCGUCAACACCAUCGUUGGAGGUAAAAGUCACUCUAUGGAUGGGGGGUUUCUAGUACAUGGAAUUCUGAUUCAAAUCAUUUUUGAAUGAGAAUUUGCUGAAGUCUAGAGACUAGGCACUACUAUGCGUUUGCUUUUUGUCCUACCUAGAGAGAGCGAGAGUUGUGUGUCUCAGUGCUAUUUUGACCCCUGCCAACUAAACCACUCCAAAGGGCAAUGCCUGAAACCUGCUCAUAUGUGUUCAGAUGCCAUGGAGACCGCUGGUGAGACCGAGCUGCCCACAGAGGUCACAGAACCCGCUGAGGUCAUCAAUGAGGUCAUCACCAAGGCAACAGCGAUCACGGAGGUCACAGAGGUGGUGGAAGACGAGGGGGACAGCGAGAACAUCCACGCCAACGGAAUCCCCGGCACGCCCAUCUCUGCCAGCUUCACUCUGUCGCUGCCCGAUGACAGGCUGUCUGUCUCCUCUAAUGAUACACAGGUAAGCGGGACUGACCUGACUGUCAACACGGCUACACACUCCGCUCAACAAAGUGUUUUUGUGCUAGCCUGGGUGUCUGUCAUUUGUGUCUGUUUUAGCAGAAGAAUAAAACUGUUAAAUAACUUUUAUAUUGCAUUUAAUGUUUAUCAAUUUGUAAAAAGGAAAAUGGAAAGUCAUUGGUAACAUGAGGAUUUAAAGAGAGUCCAUGAUGUGAGGGCAUUGAGCUAUUCAAUCUCUGUGCUACUGCAGAUAAUGGUGUCUGUCUGCCAGUCUGCUGGGGUUGAUUCUAACAUGAUUAAUAGAUCAUCUAACAUCUCCUCUCCUUUCAGCUCCUUAGGUUAUUAUAGCUAAGUCUGAGCACAGGAUGUAAUUAUCUAUGAUUACAGUCUUACAUGAUCAAGGUUGAACAGAUCUGCUAAUAAUAACUAUUUUAUUUCAAAGUCUUUGUGUCAAGUGGAAAAUAAUGAUAAUUUACUCUUGAGCCUUGAUUAAAAGUUUUAUAUGUUGACCAUCUGUUUGUGUUUCUACGUUAGGAGUUGGGAGCGACCACAGGCCCAGUACCAGGUGCUAAGUUCUCCCAUGUUCUCCAGAAGGAUGCCUUCCUAGUGUUUAGGUCACUCUGCAAGCUGUCCAUGAAGCCUCUGUCAGAUGGCCCCCCAGACCCAAAGUAAGAUGACUUCUUGUAUUGAGAUGCUUAUUAUGGUUUUGUUUAAGAUAAUUGAAUAGAGGAACAGUAGCUAUAGUGCCUUAGUAAGUAGGCUAUUUCAGGUUUAUUUUUGGAGUGUGAUCCUUAGUUGAGUCAUGACUUGUGGAGUGUAGCCUAGUUAUUAUUAGUGGGGAGUGUUGUGUUGGUUGGUUGGUGUGUGUUUAGAUGAAGCAUCACUCAGCUGAUUAUAGGUUCUGGAUCACUUCUUGUGCUCCUGAAGUAAAACAGCCUCCCAGCCUUCCUGUUUCCUCUCCCUCUAUUGAACAGAAAACUAAAAGAAAAAUAUAUGUAAUCUGAUUUUGCCUCCCUACGAGGGAGAUUACAUUUGGGUUUUCUACUAUAUGUUUUGCUGAACCUGUUACAGCCAAAGAGGCAUCUGAUUUGCUGAAUCUGAUAGCAGCGUUUACAUAACAGGAUUUCCUGAAUCUGGUUUCUAUAUGGUAACUCAAUUCUGACUGUUUCAGUCUCCAAUCUCUAUCAUUCUUCCAAUGGGCGUUGUGGGCUAACGCUCUACUCUGUUCCUAUGGUGUUGUCAGGAUUCUAUCUCAGAACACAAGAGAGACUUUCCAUCCAGACAAUGGUAGAAUGGAACCCUGUUUAUCACGGGCUGUUGUCAGGGGGGACAGGGAGGAAGGUGGUGUCACCACAGGCAGGGCUGUGCUAAGUGUCUGUCAGACAGAAAGCCUUUUCAUCCACAGAGAUUUACUCCAUGACUGGCCCAGGUGAUAACCCUAAUUAAGAUAGCUUGCUGUCUAAACAUUGGUAAAUUAAUUAUUGCAUCAGAACAAUGCAUAUAAUUUUCUCUGUCCAAUCACAAAAGCUGCACUUUCACUAAAUUUGCAUCUGCUUUUGCCGCCUGUGAUGCGUUCUGCACGGUAUUUUAAUAAGUACAUUUAUACUAUUUCAUCCUCCCAUCUGAGGACAAAAACCUGACAAAGAAACAAAAUACUUUCAUCCAUGCAAGAACAUUGGUUGCUAUGGCGUGGAAGGUGUGUUCCACAAUAGAUGAACUUUGCUAGUAUAGCUAACCAAACCAUAAUAUACCGUGCGUUAUAGGGAAAUAAUGCAUGCUCUAGAAUGCCCUUCAAGCCAAUCAGAAACAAGUAUUCAACAAUGCCAUGGUAUAAUUAAGCAAUAAGGCCCGAGGAGGUGUGGUAUAUGGCCAUUAUACCAUGGCAGUGUUGAAUACUUGUUUCUGAUUGGCUUGAAGGGCAUUCUAGAGCGUGCAUUAUUUCCCUAUAACACAUGGUAUAUUUGCACGGUAGAAUUCAAUAGCUAUAAUUAAAUCUUACAUGUUCUAUGCUUGAGCUUCUUUUGAAAGCAAAAGUCGCAUUGAAAACAUUUUGGGCAUUGUUGAAUUCGAUUUUUAUAAUGGCAAGAUAGGACUGAUAGUUUGGCUAGCUAAACUAGCAAGUCUGGUUGUUUGGUUACCAUGGCAACUACUGUAGCUAUCUAGUAAACUUGCUAGCUACUUCAGUGGAUGUUGAACACAUUUCUACUGGUAAUGAACACAUAUCUAGUGGCAAAUGUGUUAAAUUAUAGCCAUGGUGUAAAAGGGAUAAGCAACUCGGGGCUCUAUGCGUUCUCUGGAAAAUAAUGCAACUCUGUGGAAGGUCAGUUCCACUCUGCUAGCGCGUCGUGGAACACACCUUCCACGUCAUUCAUUAUUUUCCAUAGGACGCAUAGCCACUCAUUGAUUAUCCCUUACAUAAACCACGGCUAAGGGCUGUUCUUACGCACGACUCAAUGCAGAGUGCCUGGAUACAGCCCUCAGCCAUGGUAUGUUGGCCAUAUACCACAAACCCCAGAUGCCUUAUUGCUAUUAUAAACAGGUUACCAAUGUAGUUAGACCAGUAAAAAGUAAUUUUUUGUCAUAUCCAUGGUAUACGGUCUGAUAUACCACAGCUUUCAGCCAAUCAGCAUUCAGGGCUUGAACCACCCGGUUUAUAAUUGGAUAUAUAGUGGGGGUAAAAAUAUAUUCACCUUGUUCUGUAUACCUGAAUAUAUUCACCUUGUACUGUAUACCUGAAUAUAUUCACCUUAUCAUGUAUACCUGAAUAUAUUCACCUUGUUCUGUAUAGACAGCUGAAUACAGUGGGGGAAAAAAUUAUUUAGUCAGCCACCAAUUGUGCAAGUUCUCCCACUUAAAAAUAUGAGAGAGGCCUGUAAUUUUCAUCAUAGGUACACGUCAACUAUGACAGACAAAUUGAGAAAAGAAAUUCCAGAAAAUCACAUUGUAGGAUUUUUAAUGAAUUUAUUUGCAAAUUAUGGUGGAAAAUAAGUAUUUGGUCACCUACAAACAAGCAAGAUUUCUGGCUCUCACAGACCUGUAACUUCUUCUUUAAGAGGCUCCUCUGUCCUCCACUUGUUACCUGUAUUAAUGGCACCUGUUUGAACUUGUUAUCAGUAUAAAAGACACCUGUCCACAACUUCAAACAGUCACACUCCAAACUCCACUAUGGCCAAGACCAAAGAGCUGUCAAAGGACACCAGAAACAAAAUUGUAGACCUGCACCAGGCUGGCAAGACUGAAUCUGCAAUAGGUAAGCAGCUUGGUUUGAAGAAAUCAACUGUGGGAGCAAUUAUUAGGAAAUGGAAGACAUACAAGACCACUGAUAAUCUCCCUCGAUCUGGGGCUCCACGCAAGAUCUCACCCCGUGGGGUCAAAAUGAUCACAAGAACGGUGAGCAAAAAUCCCAGAACCACACGGGGGGACCUAGUGAAUGACCUGCAGAGAGCUGGGACCAAAGUAACAAAGCCUACCAUCAGUAACACACUACGCCGCCAGGGACUCAAAUCCUGCAGUGCCAGACGUGUCCCCCUGCUUAAGCCAGUACAUGUCCAGGCCCGUCUGAAGUUUGCUAGAGUGCAUUUGGAUGAUCCAGAAGAGGAUUGGGAGAAUGUCAUAUGGUCAGAUGAAACCAAAAUAGAACUUUUGGAGGACAAAGAAUGCUGAGUUGCACCCAAAGAACACCAUACCUACUGUGAAGCAUGGGGGUGGAAACAUCAUGCUUUGGGGCAGUUUUUCUGCAAAGGGACCAGGACGACUGAUCCGUGUAAAGGAAAGAAUGAAUGGGGCCAUGUAUCGUGAGAUUUUGAGUGAAAACCUCCUUCCAUCAGCAAGGGCAUUGAAGAUGAAACGUGGCUGGGUCUUUCAUCAUGACAAUGAUCCCAAACACACCGCCCGGGCAACGAAGGAGUGGCUUCGUAAGAAGCAUUUCAAGGUCCUGGAGUGGCCUAGCCAGUCUCCAGAUCUCAACCCCAUAGAAAAUCUUUGGAGGGAGUUGAAAGUCCGUGUUGCCCAGCGACAGCCCCAAAACAUCACUGCAUGGAGGAAUGGGCCAAAAUACCAGCAACAGUGUGUGACAACCUUGUGAAGACUUACAGAAAACGUUUGACCUGUGUCAUUGCCAACAAAGGGUAUAUAACAAAGUAUUGAGAAACUUUUGUUAUUGACCAAAUACUUAUUUUCCACCAUAAUUUGCAAAUAAAUUCAUUAAAAAUCCUACAAUGUGAUUUUCUGGAUUUUUUUUUCUCAUUUUGUCUGUCAUAGUUGACGUGUACCUAUGAUGAAAAUUACAGGCCUCUCUCAUCUUUUUAAGUGGGAAAACUUGCACAAUUGGUGGCUGACUAAAUACUUUUUUUCCCCACUGUAUGCUAAACACAUGUAUGUGACAAAUAACAUUUGAUUUGAUUUGACAUUUACUUUUGAUACUUAAGUAUAUUUAAAAUCACAUACUUUUAGACAUUUACUCAAGUAGUAUUUUACUGGGUGACUUUCAAUUUACUUGAGUCAUUUUCUAUUAAGUUAUCUUUACUUUUACUCAAGUAUGACAAUUGAGUAUUUUUUCCACCACUGGUCGCAUGUGUGUUUGUCCGUAAGCCCAGGGCUUUGCAAUACAAGUGUGAAUCAUCAGCCCAGGGCUAAAGCUUAGCCCAGGGUUAACAAAUGCUUGUGUGAAUACAGGAUAAGCUAGCCCAGGGCCAGUCUUAACCUGGGGCUAAAAUAGCCAGGGGUGAAGAACAAUGCAGUGUGAAAAGGCCUAAAGUGAGUCAACAGUGAAAUGGUUUCAUACCCCAAGGCUGCAUGGCAUGCUCAGUUCAACCCACUGACUAUGAACACCACACACACACAUAUAUGAUUUAUGGUUAGCAUAUAAAGACAUUUCAAACAUUCAAAACCCUGGGUUAUCGGUCUUGUUGUUCAUGGCUCAGUUAUUGGAUGUUUUGUUCAAAUUGUUGAUUUGUUAUUGUACUGAAAAUGUGCAUUUUGCUUGUACCUGCUUCCCCUUUCCAGGCCAAGCUGAAAUGAUAAAGUUCUGUCAGGUUUCCCCUGCGCUGCAUGCGCCUGGGGAGAAUCAGGCCAUAUUUCUGUGAGUCAGAGAAGCAGUUCCAUAUUUCUCUAUGCUACAUUAAAAGCAGUCUGUCUGUGGAGGAGGGCUGGGGAACAUUACAGAGAGGAAGCCAGUCAGAGCAAAUAAGAUUACAAAAAAAUCUGUUGGGUUCCUACUUCUCCAUCAUACAGCUGUUCAGAAAUACAGGUCAGACUAGAUUGAGGCAGUAUGGACAAUAUACUAUAAUGAUCUAUUACGUAGAUGCCCUCUCUACACUGUAACAGAUAGUUUCUGUAUGAAUUGUGUUUAUCUAUUUUUGGUAUUAUUGGAACAGGUAAAACAGCACCAGCACCCACACAUCUACAAUAGCUAGCUCAGGCUCUUAGUAUAUAGGAGGACAUUAGGUGGACAUCCUCUGAGCCCCUGACUGCCAUCAGACCAUUAGAAUCCUCAGUCAGUUGUGGGUCAAUCAGGAAGUGCUGCUAAUAACUGAUGAGUCAGAUGGUGAUUCACAGUACACACACACACACACACACACACACACACACACACACACAGUACUCUUGUGUAAUCAUCACCAUAAUGAAUAACUUAUCAGGGUUAUGGGGGUCCAGGGGCAUGCCCCCCUGUGAUUUUGUUUUUGUAGAACAACUGUGAGAAGUUCACUUCUGGUGACUUUUUAAAAGAAUGUUCUACUCAAAUGCAUGAAAAUUUAAUUAUGUUGACACCAUCUGAAAUAUGUAUUGAUGCGUGCCACUGCACUUUAGGAAGAUGAUGUGGCGCAAGCGGCGGCUGUGCACUCUUGGCAUGCUAGCUGUUCCCAAAGACUUCCAGUCAUUGCGCUUACGCUAGUUACCAACUUCCUUUAAACUGUACUCAGAGACAUAAAAAUGGUAUCCAUGAGUUCAUCUGACUCUGGGUAAGUAGAAAAGUGCUUAAUUGACAAAAUAUCACACUAUCCCUUUAAAAGUGUGUCUGAAAAAAAUCAAUAAAAGGCCGGCAAAGAUUUAUGAAUAUAGGGGAAACACUGCAAUCCAACUCCUGUUGCACUUGAGUUUGACUCAAUGCCCCUGUCUCUCUCCUCCCAGGUCCCACGAGCUGCGCUCCAAGGUGUUGUCCCUCCAGCUGCUCCUGUCCAUUCUGCAAAACGCUGGGCCCAUCUUCAAGACCAAUGAGAUGUUCAUCAACGCUAUCAAGCAGUACCUGUGUGUGGCACUGUCCAAGAACGGUGUCUCCUCUGUCCCUGAAGUCUUCGAGCUUUCACUCUCCAUCUUCCUCACCCUCCUCUCCCACUUCAAGACCCACCUCAAGAUGCAGAUUGAGGUAGCUACCUGACUUUUGGUUGUUCCUCUGUCGCAAAAGGGUUAGCUGCUGGUUUCGUUAUUUUUGUUUCAGAAAGUGUCUGUGCAAACCAAGCUACCUGACAAGCUAUUAUCUCCAAAUAGGAUUUCCCUUCCUGUCCCAAAGUCACAUAAACCCUAUAUUCCUUCAUAUUCCUCCACACUUGCGCUCCAUCUAGUCCCCCUCACCUUCUGUUGUCCUACUUGAAAACCUAUCAAUAUGCAGGUCGAGUCACUGUUCUGUUCCUGAAUAGCUGUCCUAUCCCCCUACUUGCCAAUGUCUCCUGUUCCCGCUUCCAAUGUCGUAAAUCUGUCAUACCUCUCAAAUAUUGACAUACAGACAUUUCUCAAUACAGCAGGCUCCAGACACAGGUGAUUCAUGGGAGAUGAAGUUCAUCACAGGGCACAGUAAUGUAGUUCUGCCUCAGUGUGAUAGAGUUUCAGUAUUGCCUGUUAGCUGUUGCUUCUGAUUUAUAGUCCACUUCCACAGUGGUCUGGCUGUAAUAUUUCCUAAUGCUGAAGUUGAUGACUUAAUCUGCUUGUCACUGUUUGUGGCCAACAGUCUUUUCUGGAGACGGAUGUUGUUCAUUGAGAUGUUCUGAUUUCAUAGUUGAGCAGUCAGCUUACAGUGAGAUGUAUGUGUUUAUGGAUUUGUUACAGUGGAUAGUUCUGUUAAUGAAGAUUCAUGAAGCUUUUCUUAUCCCGAGCUCUUCUUGCUACCCUUGUUUGUUUCCCUCAGCUUUAACUGCCAUGGUUUGUUUCGAUGCGCAGGUGUUCUUCAAGGAGAUUUUCCUGUAUAUUCUGGAGACGUCAACAAGCUCCUACGACCAUAAAUGGAUGGUUAUACAGACCCUAACCAGAAUAUGUGCAGGUGAGUGUUUGGUGUGAAUUUUAAAUGCUAUCUGUGGUGCAGCGCAUCAAUCCCUAUUACAAGUCGAGUACUAACUGUCCCUCAUCUCUCUCCUCCCUCAGAUGCACAGGGUGUGGUGGAUAUCUAUGUGAAUUAUGAUUGUGACUUGAAUGCUGCUAAUAUCUUUGAGAGGCUGGUGAAUGACCUGUCGAAGAUCGCACAGGGCCGGGCAGGCCACGAGCUCGGCACAACACCACUCCAGGUAAGACUGACCAAUGGCCACUCGAAAUUGUCUUUCUCUGUAUUGGGUAAAUGUAUAUUGCUCUAAAGUUGUCGUAACGUUGAUGUAACAUUUCUCUGUUCCCACCAGGAGUUGACCCUGAGGAAGAAAGGCCUGGAGUGUCUGGUGUCCAUCUUGAAGUGUAUGGUAGAGUGGAGUAAGGACCAGUAUGUUAACCCCAACUCCCAGACCAGCCUUGGUAAGAUACUGACCAAACUACAGUUACUUUGGUCACAUAGUUACACUGAGGCUGAUGGGGACUGAUGUGCCACUGGGUGUUUGAUUUAGAUCCUGAGGAAAACUGUUUAGCAAUUCUUCAAGUGCACCGUUGUGCCUGCUCCUUUGUGGUUACCAGAAAGAUGAAAGGGUUGGAGUCCAGCACUCCAGUACUUGGAGUAUAUUUGAGAUAUUCCAUAUACAUCGCUCUGGCAUCCCAUAGCCUCAAUGCUCCACAUCAGAAGUGGUGACGCCCUUGUGUGAGUAUUUACCAUAUGUAUAGUGGACUCUUUCAGGGGAAACGGCCAAGGUAUGCCAGGGCUUUAUUCUCAGUAAAACCUAUCUGAGGCUGCCGUUCAUCACUGGGGUUAACUGGGGUUAGAGGGAAGAGUGGUAUUCAUCAGUACAGCUGUAGCAUAGUCCCUGAGAUUAGCGAUUAGCAUUCAUCAGUACAGCUGUAGCAUAGUCCCUGAGAUUAGCGAUUAGCAUUCAUCAGUACAGCUGUAGCAUAGUCCCUGAGAUUAGCGAUUAGCAUUCAUCAGUACAGCUGUAGCAUAGUCCCUGAGAUUAGCGAUUAGCAUUCAUCAGUACAGCUGUAGCAUAGUCCCUGAGAUUAGCGAUUAGCAUUCAUCAGUAGCCUACAGCUUAUACAAACGCUGAAAGGAAAGGCUAAUUCAAUAAUGUACCCAGGCUAAUACACCAGGGCAGGCUAACUUGAUACCCUGAACCGGCUGAUGAUGAAAAGCCCUGGUGCGACAGACAGAGCCCCUGUCAGUGCUCCUGGAUAAGACCCCUUGCUUCAGAAUGAGCUGAGGGGAAUCAUUCCUGUUAGGGGGAAAUAGAGGGCUCUAACCAAGGGGGAAUGGAGGGCUUUAACGAAGGCAGGGAAAGAGGGCUUUAACGAAGGCAGGGAAGUUGAGGCUCUGAGAGCGUUGCCAGAAAUCUCCACAUAUCCCCUCAGAGAGGAUACACAGGGUUAGCCUCAGGCUACCUUCUGGCACUCAGAGAGCUAACUCUACCAAGGCUGCGGAAGGCAGCUGAAUUCACAAACAGCCACUGCUACAGGGGACGUCACCAUGCCAAAGCAAAGCUAGUGCCAACUAAUUUAGUGACCAUGCUGAAGACAAAUAGACAAAUUGUUUGAGUCUAGAAAGUUUGACGUAUUGGCUGCAGUGACUAGUUUCCUAUGCUUUUAGGUUACAUCAAACAAAAUAUGUUUUUCUGAGUCAGUGAAAGUAUAUCCUAAUUAUGCUAUUUUCCAUGUAGAUAGCUCAGCUAAUGCAUAUCAUUUGUGGUUCUAAAAACAUGUUUUACAUCAUUACAUAGAUAAUACUGCUCUACUCUCCACUGUCUCUUAAUUCUUUGUUCUCUGGUUGUACCUAUCUGACAUCACAGGAAGAGCAGGUAAUGGUACAAAGUUGUGGAGUGUUUGAUAGACUGGUUGCUGUAGCAACAGUAGGAGUCAGUGGGCCUAGAUUAGAGGGUGGAUGGGGCUAUGGUGGCUGUGAUUAGUAAUGUGGGAGUUAGACACCUUAUCUUCCUUUCAUUUGCAUAGUAUCCUGUUAUUUGCCUUACAACACUGUAGAUUCUGGAUAGAUUUGGAGUGCCCUGUGCAUUUUUUAAGCACAGCUCUGUGGUCCUCUGUAGCUCAGCUGGUAGAGCACGGCGCUUGUAACGCCAAGGUAGUGGGUUCGAUCCCCGGGACCACCCAUACACAAAAAAUGCACGCAUGACUGUAAGUCGCUUUGGAUAAAAGCGUCUGCUAAAUGGCAUAUUAUAUUAUUAUAUUAUAUUAUUACAGUAUUUGAAAUGGCUACAGCUGAUUGUAAGUUGUUAUUAUAACCCGUUUCUGCCCCACACGUUUCUAUGAGAGCUUUGCUACCUACCAUGGCUGUGCCACCCUCCUCCCCCUACUCUGUGCUCUGCUCUCUGAAGCUGUUGAUUGGAGGAAGCCCACUGCCAGCUUAUAUUACCCUGAUGGUGUCCUGAAUGUUUUAGAGAGUUUCCGAUGGGUAAUAAGAUCCCUUACAAUGUCUGUUACAGCCAGGCAUGCAACCACCAUGGACCUGAUUCACCCACAGAACAGUAGCAUCAGACCUGUUAGGCUGCUCUGCUCUGUCCUGUCCCCUCAGGCUACACGCAACACCCUGCACUACCUCCAUGUUACAGUUACUACACACUGCCUUGACUGCAGCCUGCCUGGUUUAUUAAAUAACAUACCUUUUAAAUGUCUGUGUGCAUGAUACUGUCAGGCUCCCCACAGCAGACAAUAUACCACCAGGCCUCAGGUUUAUCAUGUUGUCUUUCUCUCAGCAGUGCAGACUCCCUCCCACUAUUACUGAAGUCCCCAGAGACCUGGAUCUAGAAACUCUAGGCUGAACACCCCUAAUGGCUAAAAAAAGGAAAUUGAAUAUACAGUAUGUUUGAAAACGUUUAGUAUUUCCUUGCCUGACUGUGCUGGAUUGCUGAUUGCGUUGGCGUCCUAACACCAACUACAGUGUGUGCUCAUCUCUCUCAGACCAUUGAUUGUUCAAUGUUCUUCUCCCUCCAUCCCCAGGUCAGGAGAAGCCCUCGGAGCAGGAGACCAAUGAGACGAAGGCCCCAGAGACCAUCAACCGCUACGGAAGCAUCAACUCCCUGGACUCCACGGCCUCGUCGGGCAUCGGGAGCUACAGCACACAGAUGUCAGGGACAGACAACCCUGAGCAGUUUGAGGUUCUCAAACAACAGAAGGAGAUCAUCGAGCAGGGCAUCGACCUGUAAGCCAGACUAGUGCUGCUUAUACUGUAUACCUGAAUAUAUUCACCUUGUACUGUAUACCUGAAUAUAUUCACCUUUUACUGUAUACCUGAAUAUAUUCACCUUGUUCUGUAUACCUGAAUAUAUUCACCUUGUACUGUAUACCUGAAUAUAUUCACCUUAUCAUGUAUACCUGAAUAUAUUCACCUUGUUCUGUAUAGACAGCUGAAUACAGUGGGGGAAAAAAGUAUUUAGUCAGCCACCAAUUGUGCAAGUUCUCCCACUUAAAAAGAUGAGAGAGGCCUGUAAUUUUCAUCAUAGGUACACGUCAACUAUGACAGACAAAUUGAGAAAAAAAAAUCCAGAAAAUCACAUUGUAGGAUUUUUAAUGAAUUUAUUUGCAAAUUAUGGUGGAAAAUAAGUAUUUGGUCACCUACAAACAAGCAAGAUUUCUGGCUCUCACAGACCUGUAACUUCUUCUUUAAGAGGCUCCUCUGUCCUCCACUCGUUACCUGUAUUAAUGGCACCUGUUUGAACUUGUUAUCAGUAUAAAAGACACCUGUCCACAACCUCAAACAGUCACACUCCAAACUCCACUAUGGCCAAGACCAAAGAGCUGUCAAAGGACACCAGAAACAAAAUUGUAGACCUGCACCAGGCUGGGAAGACUGAAUCUGCAAUAGGUAAGCAGCUUGGUUUGAAGAAAUCAACUGUGGGAGCAAUUAUUAGGAAAUGGAAGAUAUACAAGACCACUGAUAAUCUCCCUCGAUCUGGGGCUCCACGCAAGAUCUCACCCCGUGGGGUCAAAAUGAUCACAAGAACGGUGAGCAAAAAUCCCAGAACCACACGGGGGGACCUAGUGAAUAACCUGCAGAGAGCUGGGACCAAAGUAACAAAGCCUACCAUCAGUAACACACUACGCUGCCAGGGACUCAAAUCCUGCAGUGCCAGACGUGUCCCCCUGCUUAAGCCAGUACAUGUCCAGGCCCGUCUGAAGUUUGCUAGAGUGCAUUUGGAUGAUCCAGAAGAGGAUUGGGAGAAUGUCAUAUGGUCAGAUUGUGGUCCUCUGUAGCUCAGCUGGUAGAGCACGGCGCUUGUAACGCUAAGGUAGUGGGUUCGAUCCCCGGGACCACCCAUACACAAAAUUUUUUUUUAAAAAUGUAUGCACGCAUGACUGUAAGUCGCUUUGGAUAAAAAGCGUCUGCUAAAUGGCAUAUUAUUAUUAUAUGAAACCAAAAUAUAACUUUUUGGUAAAAACUCAACUCGUCGUGUUUGGAGGACAAAGAAUGCUGAGUUGCAUCCAAAGAACACCAUACCUACUGUGAAGCAUGGGGGUGGAAACAUCAUGCUUUGGGGCUGUUUUUCUGAAAAGGGACCAGGACGACUGAUCCGUGUAAAGGAAAGAAUGAAUGGAGCCAUGUAUCGUGAGAUUUUGAGUGAAAACCUCCUUCCAUCAGCAAGGGCAUUGAAGAUGAAACGUGGCUGGGUCUUUCAGCAUGACAAUGAUCCCAAACACACCGCCCGGGCAACGAAGGAGUGGCUUCGUAAGAAGCAUUUCAAGGUCCUGGAGUGGCCUAGCCAGUCUCCAGAUCUCAACCCCAUAGAAAAUCUUUGGAGGGAGUUGAAAGUCCGUGUUGCCCAGUGACAGCCCCAAAACAUCACUGCUCUAGAGGAGAUCUGCAUGGAGGAAUGGGCCAAAAUACCAGCAACAGUGUGUGAAAACCUUGUGAAGACUUACAGAAAACGUUUGACCUGUGUCAUUGCCAACAAAGGGUAUAUAACAAAGUAUUGAGAAACUUUUGUUAUUGACCAAAUACUUAUUUUCCACCAUAGUUUGCAAAUACAUUCAUAAAAAAUCCUACAAUGUGAUUUUCUGGAUUUUUUUUUCUCAUUUUGUCUGUCAUAGUUGACGUGUACCUAUGAUGAAAAUUACAGGCCUCUCAUCUUUUUAAGUGUGAGAACUUGCACAUUUGGUGGCUGACUAAAUACUUUUUUCCCCCACUGUAUAUUCAACUUGUACUGUAUACCUGAAUAUAUUCACCUUAUACUGUAUACCUGAAUAUAUUCACAUUAUACUGUAUACCUGAAUAUAUUCACCUUGUUCUGUAUAGACAGCUGAAUAUAUUCACCUUGUACUGUUUACCUGAAUAUAUUCACCUUAUCAUGUAUACCUGAAUAUAUUCACCUUGUACGCUAUAGAGAGCUGAAUAUAUUCACCUUAUCCUGUACACACAGCUGAAUAUAUUCACCUUAUACUGUAUACUUGAAUAUAUUCACCUUAUCCUGUACACACAACUGAAUAUAUUCCCACCCAGUGGUGCACAACGGCAGUCCUUUUAGUGAGGGAUGUUGUCCUGCUAGUUUUCAUUUCUCGCUGGCACUUAAUUGAUCAAUUAAUGCCAUUGAUUAAUUAGCCAAUUACUAAUUAGUUCAUUACUGUAAUUAGGACAAAAUAUACAUUAUACACUAUGGCUCUGGAGGGACACUUCCUCCUCCACCUUACUAAGCAUAUUUAGGAGACCUUACGCAGCAGGUUAGGAUAAUUAACGUAGCAGGUUAGGAGAUUUAGGUUAACGUUAUGAAAAGGGUUAGGGUUUGGGUUUGCGAAAAUGUAAGAAAAUUCAACUUUUGACGUCAAUUUGACCAAAUUUGUAUCCCUAGACAUUACCCUGUUCUCUGUUCUGUGGUCAGGUUCAACAAGAAACCAAAGAGGGGCAUCCAGUACCUCCAGGAGCAAGGCAUGCUGGGAACCACCCCGGAGGACCUCGCUCAGUUCCUGCACCAGGAGGAGAGGCUGGACUCGGUAAAGAACCCUCUUAAAUCUGUUUACCCAAUCUACUUCAGUUAACUGCAUUUCAUUUGACUUAUGCAGGUCCAAAUAAACAAAUACCCACUCUACCUCAUUCAGCUCUGCGCUCUGUGAACCUUUUACCUUUUGACCUGUCGAUUGUAGAGUAGAGUGAUUGAUCGGAGCAGCUAAUAGGGAUCCGAAUAGCAAGUACACAAAUACCCACUCUAGCUCAUUAAACUCUCGGUUCACACAGUUGGCUUAGUCAUCCGGCCUCCACACAGCUGCAGGCCCAAAGCAGAACAUAUCCAUCCCAUAGAAACACCAAGGCACUUAUCUCCUAAUGUUGAACUGCCAACAUUACCCUCCCACUCCAAGACGAUUCCCGCAUCCCGAGCGGUUUAUUUUAACGAGUGAAGCACUCUCCUGGUUGAUUGGCUGGCCUCAAGGGGGGCUCGGUGUGGUGGUAAUCUGCAUUAAAGAGUGUUCAUAACAUCUGCUUUGGAACAAGAGGCCCUCAAACAGACAGCCAGAGAGUCUGACAGAGCAGGGAGAAUAGAGCAGAGAGGAGUGACUGACUGACUACAACAUGUAUUUAACACAUCGACACUGCUGUUUUCUGAAAACACAGUCCUUUCCUCUCAGUGUGCUGUGUCUCUGAAGUUAAGGAGAUGCUUGUCAGGACAAUAUGUGUUAAUUGACUUCCAAUGAGGAGCACAUGCAUUAGGAAAAAUCAUUAUCUAUUGAUUGAACUUAACAUCAUUGCCUCUCUUGGCCUAUCUCUAUCCCCUUCUGUCCCUCUCUUUCCAUCCCUCUUUCUCACUCUCCCUCUCUGUCUUCCUCUCAGACUCAGGUGGGUGAGUUCCUGGGGGACAAUGAUCGCUUCAAUAAAGAGGUCAUGUAUGCCUAUGUGGACCAGAUGGACUUCCAGGGCAAAGACUUUGUCUACGCUCUCAGGACAUUCCUCGAGGGCUUCCGUCUCCCGGGAGAGGCUCAGAAGAUCGACAGGCUCAUGGAGAAAUUUGCUGCUAGAUACCUAGAAUGCAAUCAGGGGUGAGUGUGGACUACCCUGGGCAUUGUGGAUUCUUAGACUUAGAAGAAGACUUGUGUCAAGCACAUUGAAUGGCAACAAUCAGAUUGCUCUCUAUUAUGAAUCUGUAUUCAAUAAUAAUCAAAUCAAAGUUUAUUGGUCGCUUACACGGAUUUGCAGGUGUCUCGCAAAUACAAUACAAAUAAUCUAAAAAUAUAAACAAGAAAUCAAGAAUUGACAGUAAAGGUCCAAUUAACAAUUCAGAGUAGAUAUAUUAGUCUAAUUAUGUCUAGCAAAACCAGUCAUACACUUUUAUUAAUCUCUGUUAUGUUUAUCUUCUCUCUCCCCUUUUCUUUAUCUCUCUCUUCAGGCAAACCGAGUUUGCGAGUGCAGACACUGCGUAUGUCCUUGCCUACUCAAUCAUUAUGUUGACAACAGACCUUCAUAGUCCGCAGGUAAGACCACAGCCUGUUUUUGGGAAGAUGAACUGACAGAAACAAUCACCUGAGCUGCACUUAGUUUCAACAGAAGACUUUCAGCAGUGGCAAAGGGAAUGUCAAUGCUAGCUAUUUCAGACAGACAAACAGACAAAAGUAGACAGACAGAGUAGGCAGACAGACAGGGUAACAAAUCUCAUCUUUUACUUUUCAAAGGUUAAGAACAAGAUGACUAAAGAGCAAUACAUCAAGAUGAACAGAGGGAUCAACGACAGCAAGGAUCUGCCAGAGGAGUAUCUGUCGGCCAUCUACGACGAGAUCGCUGGGAAGAAGAUCGCUAUGAAGGGGACCAAGGAAAUGACUCUCAAAUCCAACAAGCACAGUGUGUAUCUCUGUUCCUCUGUGUCUGCUAGCACAACAAUGUCAUUACAGACUGAAAUUGAGCGUGUCAGAGAUAAGUUUGUUUAAGACAUGAAAUGCCUAUUUUGAGGCGUAAUGGAUCUUUGCAAAUUAUCAGCUUUAUAUUUAACUGACGAGAGUCAUUUCAUCUGAUAUCUUUGUGGGGAUCAUAGAAUUCUCAUCACAAUCAAAGAGAUAUAAAGGGGAUUAAGAUGUAGUUUGAUUAGAUUGGGUUACUGAUCAGUGGAAAAGUUUGAGAUAGUGUCUGUUGUUCAACGGGGAUAGUUUCCUCUUCAGUUGGAGAUAGUGUCUGUUGUUCAACGGGGAAAGUUUCCUCUUCAGUUGGAGAUAGUGUCUGUUGUUCAACGGGGAAAGUUUCCUCUUCAGUUGGAGAUAGUGUCUGUUGUUCAACAGGGAAAGUUUCCUCUUCAGUUGGAGAUAGUGUAUAUUUGUCGUCUUCAAUAUCACGUGUUUGUGCAGGUGGCUUCCUCUUGCCUGCUUUAUAAUCUGCACUCAUCUGAAAACACAACAUGUAGGAAGCCUUGUAUCGGAUCCUGGACCAGGUGUGGCCAGUGAAAAUCAGAGUGGGUUUGUUCAUGCUAUGACUUUACUUCUGUUUCUGGAUCAGGUGUGGCCAGUGAGAAGCAGCGGCGGCUGCUGUAUAACGUAGAGAUGGAGCAGAUGGCUAAGACAGCCAAGGCCCUGAUGGAGGCUGUCAGUCACGUCCAGGCUCCCUUCACCAGCGCCACACACCUGGAGCAUGUCAGACCCAUGUUCAAGCUGGCCUGGACCCCGUUCCUAGCAGCCUUCAGUGUGGGUCUCCAGGAUUGUGAUGACACUGAGGUGGCUUUUCUCUGUCUGGAGGGAACACGCUUUGCCAUCCGGAUAGCCUGCAUCUUCACCAUACAGGUAAUCUAUCUAGCACUGUAACUCUGUAUGUGUUCACUUAGGAUUAAUAUGAAUUCAAUGAAAGGGAUUGAGGGGCUUUGAAUCAAAAGGUGAAAUGGUGUGUUUUCCAAAGAUGGCAUGCUCAAAAACAUAAUGGAGAUAGUACUGCAGUACUGAAUAUGGUCUCUCUCUCUCUCUCUCUCUCUCUCUCACACUCACACUUACACUUACACGUACACUCACACUCACACUCACACUCACACUCACACACACACACACACACACAGCUGGAGCGGGAUGCGUACGUGCAGGCCCUGGCACGUUUCACUCUGCUCACAGCCAGCUCUGGCAUCACUGAGAUGAAGCAGAAGAACAUCGACACCAUCAAGACCCUCAUCACCGUCGCCCACACAGACGGAAACUACCUGGGCAACUCCUGGCACGAGGUCUGGACAUACUGCCAACGUCUAGUAAUCAGUAUUAGCAACAAUAGUAUCACUGUCAGUAUUGCUGUUGUAAGCUAUAGUAUAUUGCAUCAUUUUGUCUCCAUUUUUUUUUAUUUUGAUGCAAUCGAUGUGAAAAAAAUAUAUAUAUAUAAUAUAUAUGUCAACUAAUUAAGACUAAUGAAUCUGUGCAAAAAAAAUCCUAACUAAGGGUGCGUUUACACAAUCAGUCUUUUGACCAAGCAGAUCAGCUCUUUUGCCGCCUGUGUAAAUGCAGCCUUAUUGAAUGCAUGUGUGACUGUAUGUGUGCCACCCACCCCCCCCCCCCCCCCCCUACAGAUAAUGAAGUGUAUCAGUCAGUUGGAGCUGGCCCAGCUGAUCGGGACGGGGGUGAAGGCCAGGUACAUCUCAGGGACGGUUCGGGGGAAAGAGGGCUUCAUCACCAGCACCAAGGAGCAGAGCAACGACGAAUACCUGGGCCUGGGUCAGUGCUUAUAACCCUUUAACACAUGUUUUGGUUAUAAACAGAUUAAAUAAACUGUAGUUAACAAGCCGGUGAUGUGCUUGACUAUACAACAUGUUUGACAUUAUGCUUGAUGUUGGAGAUGUGACUGACUGUCCUGUGGUGCACAGCAGGUGGGACAGUAGACCGGAAGCAGAUCCUCAGUAUCCAGGAGUCCAUAGGAGAAACCAGCUCCCAGAGUGUGGUGGUGGCUGUGGACAGGUAGUGUACUGUAGUGGUCUCUUAUAGAUCCUGCUGUAUUACCAUUGACUGGUUUGGGGUCUUAACUCUGCCAUUGUUCUAUCAUUUGAAUGAAUGUAUUGUAUAUGUCAUUUAAAUGUGACCAUGGUCUUGUUCUUGCAGAAUAUUCACAGGUUCUACCAGACUGGAUGGUAAUGCAAUUGGUGAGUGUUCUAAAUCCAAACUUAAUUCAAUUACAGUAUUUGAUUACAUCCUUAUCUGAUGUGGAUGUGUUGGCAUUGUACCAUGGCUGUCCUGAACAUUGACAAACACUGGUUUCUCUGUGUUCUCAGUGGACUUUGUGCGCUGGUUGUGUGCUGUGUCUAUGGAUGAGCUGGCCUCGCCCACACACCCCCGCAUGUUCAGCCUGCAGAAGAUAGUGGAGAUCUCCUACUACAACAUGGGACGUAUCCGACUGCAGUGGUCCAGGAUCUGGGAGGUCAUCGGAGACCACUUCAACAAGGUGGACAUCUUGGGAUUUAUUUCACUUUAACAGGGGUACACAACUCUGGUUGUCAGGGACUGCUUUUUAUUAUUUGUUUUAUUUGCAUUAAUUGAUCAAUUAAUGUUGUUGUUGGCUAGAGAGUCCACACACCUGAUUACCCAGGUGUUAAUCAGCCUUUAUAACAUUUACAUUUUAGUCAUUUAGCAGACGCUCUUAUCCAGAGCGACUUACAGGAGCAAUUAGGGUUAAGUGCCUUGCUCAAGGGCACAUUUACGUCAUUUAGCAGACGCUCUUAUCCAGAGCGACUCACAAAUUGGUGCAUUCACCCUAUAGCCAGUGGGAUAACCACUUUACAAUUUUUGGGGGGGGGGGGGUAGAAGGAUUACUUUAUCCUAUCCCAGGUAUUCCUUAAAGAGGUGGGGUUUCAAAUGUCUCCGGAAGGUGGUGAGUGACUCCGCUGUCCUGGCGUCGUGAGGGAGCUUGUUCCACCAUUGGGGUGCCAGAGCAGCGAACAGUUUUGACUGGGCUGAGCGGGAACUAUGCUUCCGCAGAGGAAGGGGAGCCAGCAGGCCAGAGGUGGAUGAACGCAAUGCCCUCGUUUGGGUGUAGGGACUGAUCAGAGGCCGAAGGUACAGAGGUGCCGUUCCCCUCACUGCUCCAUAGGCGAGUGUUCUAGUUUUCUUCCAUUUCCGCUCCGCUGCCCGGAGCUCUGUUCUGUGAGCUCGCAAUGAGUCAUCAAGCCACGGAGCUGGAGGGGAGGACCGAGCCGGCCGGGAGGAUAGGGGACACAGAGAGUCAAAGGAUGCAGAAAGGGAGGAGAGGAGGGUUGAGGAGGCAGAAUCAGGAGAUUGGAGGGAGAAGGAUUGAGCAGAGGGAAGAGAUGAUAGGAUGGAAGAGGAGAGAGUAGUGGGAGAGAGAGCGAAGGUUGCGGCGGCGCAUUACCAUCUGUGUAGGGGCAGAGUGAGUAGUGUUGGAGGAGAGCGAGAGAGAAAAGGAAACAAAGUAGUGGUCGGAGACAUGGAGGGGAGUUGCAGUGAGAUUAGUAGAAGAGCAGCAUCUAGUAAAGAUGAGGUCAAGCGUAUUGCCUGCCUUGUGAGUAGGGGGGGACGGUGAGAGGGUGAGGUCAAAAGAGGAGAGGAGUGGAAAGAAGGAGGCAGAGAGAAAUGAGUCAAAUGUGGACAUAGGGAGGUUGAAAUCCCCCAAAACUGUGAGGGGUGAGCCAUCCUCAGGAAAGGAACUUAUCAAGGCGUCAAGCUCAUUGAUGAACUCUCCAAGGGAACCUGGAGGGCGAUAGAUGACAAGGAUAUUAAGCUUAAAUGGGCUAGUGACUGUGACAGCAUGGAAUUCAAAUGAGGAGAUAGACAGAUGGGUUAGGGGAAAAAUUGAGAAUGUCCACUUGGGAGAGAUGAGGAUUCCUGUGCCACCACCCCUCUGACCAGAUGCUCUCGGGGUAUGCGAGAACACAUGGUCAGACGAGGAGAGAGCAGUAGGAGUAGCAGUGUUUUCAGUGGUAAUCCAUGUUUCCGUCAGCGCCAGGAAGUCGAGGGACUGGAGGUUAGCAUAGGCUGGGAUGAAGUCAGCUUUGUUGGCAGCAGAACGGCAGUUCCAGAGGCUGCCUGAGACCUGGAACUCCAGGUGUGGGGUGCGUGCAGGGACCACCAGGUUAGAGAGGCAGCAGCCACGCGGUGUGAGGCGUUUGUGUAGCCUGUGCAGAGAGGAGAGAACAGGGAUAGGCAGAGGCAUAGUUGACAGGCUGUAGCAAAUGGCUACAAUAAUGCAGAGGAGAUCGGAAUGAAAUGAACUAAACAUCUGGGAGAGGAGAGAGCAGGGCCUCCCUCACCAAAACUUCCACCUCAGAAACUAUAAUUGUUUCACUGAACCACCCGAACAAAAACUCUCCCAACUUCCACCUUUAGAAAUCAGAAUUGUUGUGAACCACAGCGGUUCAAUGUUUAAAGGAAUAGACUCAACCCACUUUAUUCAGCUAGCUAACUAUGACACCAUAGCUAACUAGCAUGCUAGCAUCCAAUAACACACAGUUUAGCACCAACACUUGGUCACAACAAACCACCAAUAGUGUGUUAACACACUAAGCAGAUAAUUCGUGUCCGUGUCUAGUUCCUUUCAUAACGCAGCAAUUAACUUGGCAGUACACAAAUAUUUGUUUUAGUGCCACAUACAGGAACAACUACUGUUGCUGUUAAAGUCUGCCGUGCACCCGUUCAACCUACAGUAACUACCCCAUACACUAACUACCCCAUAACCUUCCCUCAGGAACACCUGGGCUUUAAAGGUCCACUGCAGCCGUUUUUUAUAUCUAAUAUGAAAUCCAUUUUCUGGUCAACAAUUAAGUACCCUUACCUGUUGAAUGAAGUUGAAGGAUGGGGACGAAUAACACUAACAACAAACCUAAUAACACACAAGAUAACUAAUUGUAAAGCAUACUGUGUCCAUAAUAAGUAUAUAGGUUAUAUGGUUGAGAGCUUUUGUGAAAAGACACAGUUAUAAAUAUAUGAACAUACUAGAAAGCAAACAGAUGGACAUCAUGAAAAUGAUCUGAGAGGUUGAGGGGUAGGGAAGUUCAGGAGUAAAACAAACUAAAUAGAAUUAUUGUAAAAUUGACUGUGUCCAUAAAAUGUAUAUAGUAUGUACAGUGAGGGAAAAAAGUAUUUGAUCCCCUGCUGAUUUUGUACGUUUGCCCACUGACAAAGAAAUGAUCAGUCUAUAAUUUUAAUGGUAGGUUUAUUUGAACAGUGAGAGACAGAAUAACAACAACAAAAAUCCAGAAAAACGCAUGUCAAAAAUGUAUAAAUUGAUUUGCAUUUUGAUGAGGGAAAUAAGUAUUUGACCCCCUCUCAAUCAGAAAGAUUUCUGGCUCCCAGGUGUCUUUUAUACAGGUAAUGAGCUGAGAUUAGGAGCACACUCUUAAAGGGAGUGCUCCUAAUCUCAGCUUGUUACCUGUAUAAAAGACACCUGUCCACAGAAGCAAUCAAUCAAUCAGAUUCUAAACUCUCCACCAUGGCCAAGACCAAAGAGCUCUCCAAGGAUGUCAGGGACAAGAUUGUAGACCUACACAAGGCUGGAAUGGGCUACAAGACCAUCACCAAGCAGCUUGGUGAGAAGGUGACAACAGUUGGUGCGAUUAUUCGCAAAUGGAAGAAACACAAAAGAUAUGUCAAUCUCCCUCGGCCUGGGGCUCCAUGCAAGAUCUCACCUCGUGGAGUUGCAAUGAUCAUGAAAACGGUGAGGAAUCAGCCCAGAACUACACGGGAGGAUCUUGUCAAUGAUCUCAAGGCAGCUGGGACCAUAGUCACCAAGAAAACAAUUGGUAACACACUACGCCGUGAAGGACUGAAAUCCUGCAGCGCCCGCAAGGUCCCCUGCUCAAGAAAGCACAUAUACAGGGCCGUCUGAAGUUUGCCAAUGAACAUCUGAAUGAUUCAGAGGAGAUCUGGGUGAAAGUGUUGUGGUCAGAUGAGACCAAAAUCGAGCUCAUUGGCAUCAACUCAACUCGCCGUGUUUGGAGGAGGAGGAAUGCUGCCUAUGACCCCAAGAACACCAUCCCCACCGUCAAACAUGGAGGUGGAAGCAUUAUGCUUUGGGGGUGUUUUUCUGCUAAGGGGACAGGACAACUUCACCGCAUCAAAGGGACGAUGGACGGGGCCAUGUACCGUCAAAUCUUGGGUGAGAACCUCCUUCCCUCAGCCAGGGCAUUGAAAAUGGGUCGUGGAUGGGUAUUCCAGCAUGACAAUGACCCAAAACACACAGCCAAGGCAACAAAGGAGUGGCUCAAGAAGAAGCACAUUAAGAUCCUGGAGUGGCCUAGCCAGUCUCCAGACCUUAAUCACAUAGAAAAUCUGUGGAGGGAGCUGAAGAUUCGAGUAGCCAAACAUCAGCCUCGAAACCUUAAUGACUUAGAGAAGAUCUGCAAAGAGGAGUGGAACAAAAUCCCUCCUGAGAUGUGUGCAAACCUGGUGGCCAACUACAAAAACAUCUGACCUCUGUGAUUGUCAACAAGGGUUUUGCCACCAAGUACUAAAUCAUGUUUUGCAGAGGGGUCAAAUACUUAUUUCCCUCAUUGAAAUGCAAAUCAAUUUCUAACAUUUUUUACAUGUGUUUUUCUGGAUUUUCUUGUUGUUAUUCUGUCUCUCACUGUUCAAAUAAACCUACCAUUAAAAUUAUAGACUGAUCAUUUCUUUGUGAGUGGGCAAACGUACAAAAUCAGCAGGGGAUCAAAUACUUUUUUCCCUCACUGUGUAUAUAUAUAUAUAUUUGUGAGAGAAAAAAACAUAUGGGGGAUUGGAAGUGAUGCAGACAAUUACAUUGAUGGAAGUUACGAUCUAUCUGCAAUAUUAAAGCUGAUCUACCCCCUAAAAUUAAAAAUAAAUACAUUAAUGUGAUCAAUUAAAAUGGGGAGUGGUCUGAGUGGGGAGGAGAAAACUGAAAACUACCUGUUAUUGGCUGAGAGGUUUGGAACUCGACUGGUGAUGUCACCAGGCAGGCCAAAACUCCAUCCUACCAAAACAGGCUGACAUUUCCGGCUUUUCAAACAGCACUUACACUUAAAGUUUGAGAGUGGAAUAGAGAUGUUAAAAUACUGUGUCUGUCUCCCUGUUCAGGUUGGAUGUAACCCCAAUGAGGAUGUGGCUAUUUUUGCCGUGGAUUCUCUCCGGCAGCUGUCCAUGAAGUUUCUAGAGAAGGGAGAGCUGGCAAACUUCAGAUUCCAGAAGGACUUUCUGAGGCCUUUCGAGCACAUCAUGAAAAAGAACAGGUAAUGAGGAUGUUGCUGUAAACGUUAUUCCUGAUUUGUAUUGUGUGAGUGUGUUUGUGUGUGUGCGUGUCCUGCUUGUGUUGAAUGAGCUUGCGGUGUGUGUGCUGGUAUAUGUACACACUCCCUAGUUGCGUAGGCACUUGGCUAUAGUAGUCUGGCCUUACAAGGUCUGUGUUGUGUUGCACCUCUGUGGUUCACAUUCCAGCAGCUGUCUCUCUUAGCACUGCAGCCAGACAGUCUCCCUGUACUGAGUCACUGCACUGUGUCAAACUGUGUCACCCAGCUCUCUGAGGAGGAGAAAACUGGCACAGUCAGAACUAACCCAGAGAUCAAGAUAGGGAUUUUAUAUAAUAUCUCUUCUUGGUUUUUGCUUGAGCACCAGGAAAGCACUCCAAGACAACUGAGUAGAAGCUGUGACUCUUUUCUCAGAUUCUGUAGUGACACAGAUACAGUUGAUUAAAAUUGGAGGGCUCAGAAUCGCACAGUUGAAAGCUGUUUCCAUUGAUGUGAAGGAGAACUACCAGCCCAAAUCCACCCACUGGCUUACUGUGAGAAGAGUGUUACAGCUCAGAGGAAAUGGCAGGGAGCCACGUAAAGCCAUGGACGCCCGCGGUGCUAUGUGUUCAUUAGACUCAGCCUGUGUGUGUGUGUGUGUGUGUUUGUGUAGUAUGUUUGUGAGAGUACUUUUGUGCAGAGGCUGGUCCUUUCUCCUUAAUCAAAGCACAGAAAAAAUGAUUCGCUAUGACAACAGUCGCCGUCGGAACCUAUCAUGUCACAACAUCCAAAAAGGAAUAAUCAGACUGCCGGAAUAAAGGGCUGUAGCAGGGGUACUUGUACUUUGACUGCUACUGCACUAUUGAUGAUCGUCCUCAUAGUCCAAUAAGCAUCUUUCUUUCACAUACAACGUGUCUUCCUUCUGCUCCAGAUCUCCAACGAUCAGGGACAUGGUGGUGCGCUGUAUAGCCCAAAUGGUCAACUCACAGGCGGGGAACAUCCGGUCGGGCUGGAAGAACAUCUUCUCAGUGUUCCACCUGGCUGCCUCGGACCAGGACGAGAGCAUCGUAGAGCUAGCCUUCCAGACCACGGGUCACAUCAGCAGUGAGUUACUGAGACACACACAGACCGACACCUCAGAGACAACCAUCUGUCGGGCUAAGAACUGAUCUUCAUUAUCUGAUCUGUAUUAUCUUCUAUCUUUUAAGAUUUUAUUUUAAUAUUUAUAUUUAAUAUAUAUAUAUUUGCCACAUAAGAUUUCAAUAUGAUGGUUUCAGUAUUAGAUUCAUAUUUAAACCUCAAUUUGAGGUUUAUUUGAGUCUUUUUGAUGACAGGGCAAUGUAAUGUCAUUCUGAUUGACAGAUAAGUUACCUCCAGUCAUCCUUUUCCUCUGAUCUCUCCUUCUCUCCUUCUUCUCUUCUUCUCUCCUUCUCUCCUUCUCUCCUUCUCUUCUUCUCUCCUUCUCUCCUUCUCUUCUUCUCUCCUUCUCUUCUUCUCUCCUUCUCCCCUACUCUUCUUCUCCCCUACUCUCCUUCUCUUCUUCUCUCCUACUCUUCUUCUCUUCUUCUCUCCUCUUCUUCUCUUUUUCUCUCCUACUCUUCUUCUCUCCUUCUCUCAGCGAAUGUAUUUGAGAAGCACUUCCAAGCCACCAUAGACUCCUUCCAAGAUGCAGUCAAGUGUCUAUCUGAGUUCGCCUGCAACGCCUCCUUCCCCGACACCAGCAUGGAGGCCAUCCGCCUCAUCCGACACUGUGCCAAAUACGUCUCCGACAGGCCCCAGGUCAGUUACAAACACUCCCUGGACUGGGUUUAUUAUCAGGUCUCAUAGUAUGAAAAAAUUGUAUGCACUCACUAACUGUAAGUCGCUCUGGAUAAGAGCGUCUGCUAAAUGACUAAAAUGUAAUGUAAAAUGUAAGAGCUGAACCCAAAUCAGUCAUUUCUGAACAUCAAAUGGUAUUGCCCAUAGUUGUUCAUGGUAGACCAUGACUGGUCCCCAAAACAUUUUGUACUGUGACCCACCUAAAGCUUUUAUAGUUUUCUUGUGACUUAUCAGAUAAACAUUGUGAGUCACUCUGGAUAACAGCAUGAAAAUCUACCAUGUUAGAAAACAUCACUGGUGCUUACUGCCAGUGCUUUUCUCCAAGGUCUCCUCCCUAUGCAGACACUCUCCAGCCAUGCUGCCUGCUUUCUGUUUGUCUGUGUGGGGGUGGACAAGAGGAGAGGAGGGGAUUAGUUCCAUGUGUGUGUGUGUGUGUGCACGAAAACCUACUUUGAGUGGGCGAUGGGGCAAAUUCAGGAAAAGCCUACAGUGAACAGUAAAUACGGCUUAAACCGUUAUAGAGUUAGUGUGUCCCCACAUGUGCAUGUGUGUGUGUGUGUCUGCGCUUGUGUGUCCGUGUGUGUGUAUCACCUCUCAGGGAAUGGUGUAAACUAUGCUGUUUUCUCUCUGGCAGGCAUUCAAAGACUACACCAGCGAUGACAUGAAUGUAGUCCCAGAGGACCGGGUGUGGGUGAGGGGGUGGUUCCCCAUCCUCUUUGAGCUGUCCUGCAUCAUCAAUAGGUGCAAACUGGAUGUCAGGACGAGGUGAGAAGAGUUUCAGUCCUGUGUCAUCCAAAUGGGAAUAUUUUAGAGGCUAAAGUCUGAAAUGAUGGUAAGGGUGUAUUGUAAAAAAGUGUGUGUGUGUCAGGGGUCUGACGGUGAUGUUUGAGGUGAUGAAGACCUAUGGACACACCUUUGAGAAACACUGGUGGCAGGAUCUGUUCAGAAUCGUCUUCAGGAUCUUUGACAACAUGAAGCUGCCUGAGCAGCAAACUGAGGCAAGUCUCCCCAUCCCAAAGACCCAUUCACCAAAGACCCAGCUUUAUCUCCAGUGUAACCAACACCUAUUUCCGGACCAUCAUAUAAUUGGCAUAUACAUUACUCUUACUGAAUUUCCAUGUGGGCGAGGAUAUUGGAAAUUUAAUCAAAGCCUAUUGGAUGAUAACUUGUUUUUUCCCACAUAACAUAGGUACAGCAAAUCACCUUAUUGUAUGGGACACCUUUAAAUGUGCCUUUAGAGGCAAUGCAAUUCAGUACUCAUCUCGAAAACAAAAGCAAUUUAGGUCUAAAGAGUCCUUACUAACAAAGGAAAUAGAAGGUCUAACAGAACAGGUAGAUAGCAAUAAAAACUGUAACAGAGGCUCAGAAUAAAUUAGAGGAAAAACAAAAAGAAAUGGAGAAACGUAUUCAAGAAAGAUCAAGUGUAAUAUAUUAUAAAAAUAAAGCAAACUGCAUGGAAUAUGGGGAAAAAUGCACCAAAUUAUUUUUUAAUCUUCAACAUAGGAAUGCUACCAAAAAGAAUUUACUGAAACUGGUUACAAAUGACAGAGUCACCCAUGAUUCACCAAAUGAUAUUUUGAAGGAGGAAACAAAGUACUUUAAGCAUAUGUUUUCAUUUCAGUCGCCUCCAUCUCCUCUAACUGAAGCUAAUUUUAGAGAUUGUUUUUCUAUUGAUAAUGUAAAAUUAACAGCCAUACAAAAAGAUUAAUGUGAAGGUGAAAUUACAGAGGAGGAACUUCUGGAUGCAAUUAAAUACUUAAUGUCCUGGAAAACUCCAGGGUUGGAUGGCAUACAAGUUGAGGUAUAUCAAACCUUUUUCGAUAUACUCAGAGGACCGUUAUUAGCAUGUUUUAACCACUCCUAUGUAAAUGGUAGAUUAUCAGACACUCAAGAAGAAGGUCUGAUUUCAUUAUUACUGAAACAGGAUAGAAGUGGAAAAUAUAAAGAUCCAGUCUAUAUAAAAAAUUGGAGGCCCCUUACACUUCAGUGUUGUGAUGCAAAAAAUCUAGCAAAAUGUAUAGCGCAUAGAAUUAAAAAGGUAUUGUCAGACAUUAUUCAUUAUAAUCAGACAGGUUUUUUACAUGGACGAUACAUUGGAGAUAAUAUAAGGCAAGUACUGGAAACAAUAGAACACUAUGAAAAAUCUGGGAAACCAGGCCUGCUAUUCAUAGCAGACUUUGAAAAGGCAUUUGAUAAAGUACGACUGGGGUUUAUAUAUAAAUGCCUGGAGCAUUUUGAUUUUGGACAAUCUCUUAUAAAAUGGCGUAAAAUAGUAAAUAAUGGCUAUUUCUCCGAAAGUUUUAAACUGUCAAGAGGAGUGAAACAAGGUUGUCCACUAUCGGCAUAUCUAUUUAUUAUGGCCAUCGAGAUGUUAGCUAUUAAAAUCAGAUCCAACAAUAAUAUCAAGGUUAGAAAUCCAGGGCUUAAAAACAAAGGUGUCAUUGUACGCUGAUGAUUCAUGUUUUCUUUUAAAUCCACAACUUGAAUCCCUCCACAGCCUCAUAGAGGAUCUAGAUACAUUUUCUAACCUCCUUGGAUUACAACCAAAUUAUGAUAAAGGUACUAUAUUACGUACUGGAUCACUAAAAAAUACAAUUUUUACAUUACUAUGUAGUUUACCAAUGAAAUGGUCUGAUGGUGAUGUGGAUAUACUCGGAAUACAUAUCCCAAAUAAAAUAAAUUAUCUCACUCCAAUACAUUUUAAUCAAAAGUUAGCAAAAAUAGAUAAGAUCUUGCUACCAUGGAAAGGUAAAUACAGUUGAAGUCCGAAGUUUACAUACACCUUAGCCAAAUACAUUUAAACUCAGUUUAUCACAACUCCUGACGUUUAAUCCUAGUAAAAAUUCCCUGUCUUAGGUCAGUUAGGAUCACCACUUUAUUUUAAGAAUGUGAAAUGUCAGAAUAAUAGUAGAGAGAAUGAUUUAUUUCUGCUUUUAUUUCUUUCAUCACAUUCCCAGUGGGUCAGAAGUUUACAUAAACUCAAUUAGUAUUUGGUAGCAUUGCCUUUAAAUUGUUUAACUUGGGUCAAACAAUAAGUUGGGUGAAUUUUGGCCCAUUCCUCCUGACAGAGCUGGUGUAACUGAGUCAGGUUUGUAGGCCUCCUUGCUCGCAAACGCUUUUUCAGUUCUGCCCACAACUUUUCUAUAGGAUUGAGGUCAGGGCUUUGUGAUGGCCACCCCAAUAUCUUGACUUUGUUGUCCUUAAGCCAUUUUGCCACAACUUUGGAAGUAUGCUUGGGGUCAAUGUGCAUUUGGAAGACCCAUUUGCGACCAAGCUUUAACUUCCUGACUGAUGUCUUGAGAUGUUGCUUCAAUAUAUCCACAUAAUUUUCCUUUCUCAUGAUGCCAUCUAUUUUGUGAAAUGCACCAGUCCCUCCUGCAGCAAAGCACCCCCACAGCAUAAUGCUGCCACCCCUUGCUUCACGGUUGGGAUGGUGUUCUUAGGCUUGCAAGCACUCCCUUUUUCCUCCAAACAUAACGUUGGUCAUUAUGACCAAACAGUUCUAUUUUGGUUUCAUCGGACCAGAGGACAUUUCUCCAAAAAGUACGAUCUUUGUCCCCAUGUGCAGUUGCAAACCGUAGUCUGGCUUUUUUAUGGCGUUUUGCAGCAGUGGCUUCUUCCUUGCUGAGCGGCCUUUCAGGUUAUGUCGAUAUAGGACUCGUUUUACUGUGGAUAUAGAUACUUUUGUACCUGUUUCCUCCAGCAUCUUCACAAGGUCCUUUGCUGUUGUUCUGGGAUUGAUUUGCACUUUUCACACCAAAGUACGUUCAUCUCUAGGAGACAGAACGCGUCUCCUUCCUGAGCGGAAUGACAGCUGCGUGGUCCCAUGGGGUUUAUACUUGCAUACUAUUGUUUGUACAGAUGAAUGUGGUACCUUCAGACAUUUGGAAAUUGCUCCCAAGGAUGAACCAGACUUGUGGAGGUCUACAAUUUUUUUUCUGAGGUCUUGGCUGAUUUCUUUUGAUUUUCCAAUGAUGUCGAGCAAAGAGGCACUGAGUUUGAAGGUAGGCCUUGAAAUACAUCCACAGGUACACCUCCAAUUGACUCAAAUGAUGUCAAUUAGCCUAUCAGAAGCUUCUAAAGCCAUGACAUCAUUUUCUGGAAUUUUCCAAGCUGUUUAAAGGCACAGUCAACCUAGUGUAUAUAAACUUCUGACCCACUGGAAUUGUGAUACAGUGAAUUAUAAGUGAAAUAAUCUGUCUGUAAACAAUUGUUGGAAAAAUUACUUGUGUCAUGCACAAAGUAGAUGUCCUAACCGACUUGCCAAAACUAUAGUUUGUUAACAAGACAUUUGAGGAGUGGUUGAAAAACGAGUUUUAAUGCCUCCAACCUAAGUGUAUGUAAACUUCCGACUUCAACUGUACCUGUCAAUUUGUGUAAAUAUCACCCUGAUUAACUCUUUAGUAUUAUCCCAGUUUACUUAUUUGCUUAUGGUCUUGCCUACGCCUAGUGAACAGUUUUUUAAAUUAUAUGAGAAAAAAAGAUUCAAUUUUAUUUGGAACAGCAAGCCAGACAAAAUUAAACAGGCCUAUUUAUAUAAUGAAUAUGAAUUCGGAGGACAGAAAUUAUUAAAUAUUAAAGUAUACCAGUUUCAUUUAAGGACCAAAGGAUUGACAGCCGUCCCAUAUAGAUUGCAAAAUAGUUAGGAAGAGAUUUUUGACGUACCGAUUCCAUGGCAUAGUGUUUAUGAACUGAUACGCAAAACGACGCCAGAUUCAAAACUUAGAAUUGUUCAAUUUAAAUUAUUAUGAAAAUUCUUGCUAUCAGUAGAAUGUUAUUGAUAUGGGGGAUACAAUCUUCCCAGCUCUGCAGAUUUUGCUAUGAAGAGACAGAAUCAUUAGAUCAUUUGUUUUGGUACUGUCCAUUUGUAGCUUGUUUUUGGACACAGGUCCAGGAAUGGCUAAAGGAUUGCAAUAUUUACCUGGAGCUAACCCUGCAGAUAGCAUUACUGGGUGAUCUGAAAAGUCAUAGUCAAUCGAUCAAUAAUAUAAUAAUACUUUUAGCAAAAAUGUUUAUUUUCAAUUUACAAUCUGUAGAAAGGUUCAGAACGUUUGUAAAACAUCCCAGUGCAGUUGAAAAAUAUAUGGCAAAUAGAAAUCCAAUAUGGAUGGUGUUAAGAGAUAGAUGGGAGGUGUUGAAUGGAGUUGAAGGAUGGGACUAAUAACAACUAACAACAACAACUACUAACAACAAGAUAACUAAUAAUGUAAGCAUACUGUGUCCGUAAUAAGUAUAUAGGUUAUAGGUUGAGAGCUUUUGUGAAAGAGCACAGUUAGAAAGAUAUGGCAUAUAGAAGCAAACCGGAUGGACAUCAUGAAGAUGAUCGAAGAGGUUGAGGGUAGAGGAAGUUCAGGAGUAAAAACCAACGAAAUAGAAUUAUUGUAAAAUUGACUGUGUCCAUAAAAUGUAUAUAGUAUGUAUAAGCUGGAAAUAGAGGCCUAAGCAUUGUUGUUCACUAGUUUACUCCAAUAGGGAAGGGGUGGUGGGGUUGGAAAGUAAUAAAGGGAAAUAUAUUUUAAAAAAUUAUAUGUAUAUGUGUAUGUAAAUGUAUUUAUAUGUAUGUAUGUAUGUAUGUGUAUAUGGAAGUUACAAUCUAUCUGCAAUAUUAAAGCUGAUCUACCUCCUAAUAAAAAAAAUAUAUAAUUGGUUCCACAACUAGUAUCCAGUACCAACUGGACCAUUGUCCUCUUGGCUGCUACGAUGACUUGAACUGGUGUAACCCUGGUAACCCUUCUGUGUUGUUUUUGUCUGCCAGAAAGCAGAGUGGAUGACAACGACCUGUAACCACGCACUUUACGCCAUCUCUGACGUGUUCACGCAGUACUUUGAGACUCUCAGUGACGUCCUGCUGGAUGACAUCCUGUCCCAGCUGUACUGGUGUGUUCAGCAAGGUGAGGACAGACAGCAGCGCUACAAACACCUUCAGUCCUAGGUUUAUACUGAGUACACUGGCCUCAAUCACUCUCAACCCCUCUUUCUUAUGGAUAUUUCCUCUUCUUUUCAAUCCCCAUCCCGCUCUUUCUUCCCUCUCUUCUCCCAUUCUCCUGCUCUCCACAUUAAUUGACUCUCGUCUUUCUCUCUCCCUCACUUCUUCUCUCCUCUCUCUCUCCUUCACUCCUCCUCGCCCUCUCACCCUAGAUAAUGAGCAGUUGGCCCGGUCAGGCACUAACUGUCUGGAGAACGUGGUCAUUCUGAAUGGAGAGAAGUUUACUCCAGAGACCUGGGACAAGACCUGUAACUGCAUGCUGGACAUCUUCAAGACCACCAUUCCACACGCGUAAGCUACUGAUGCAGGCUUUAUUCAUAUCUCUACGAUUCAGAUGGGAAUAUUGUCUGUGAUGAUUGUUAUUGUUGACCUUAGUGAUGUAAAUAUGGAGCACACUGAGACAGUCAUAUGAAGUCCUCUAGGAAUGGAGGGGAGGUAUUAAAUGGACAUGAUCUUUUAGUGUCUUUUGCCGUUGUUUAGUUGAUAGAGUGUGAUAUCUGACUGUCUGUGUAUAGUAUGGUAGUGUAUAGUAUAACACUGUAUAAGUAGAUUAACACUGUCCUGUCCCAUAUUGUUCCUCUCUGCCCUCUCUCUCUCAGACUGUUGACAUGGAGACCGGCAGGAGCAGAGGGAGAUCCCAUGACACCACAGGAUGUAUCAGACAAACAGCUGGUAUGUUUCAAACCCUGACUGUACUGUAGGUCUUCAUUCAGUCUGUUGCUGGUGUAUCUCUUAUGCCAGAUUAGACCGUACAAUAACAUAACCCAGUACAAUGCAGACAAAAUAACUUCUCCCCGUGUGCCCUCAGGACUCAAUUUUCCAGAAGUCAGUGGACAUCCAGUCCCGUUCCGAGGACCAGCAUUCCAUCAACAGUGCGGAGAGGGUUGCCAUGGAGACCCGGCGGCACAGUCAGUACAGCGCAAGCAUGUGUGAGGACGGCGGCAGAAACCGGACCCCAACAAGUUAGUGUCUCUUUAUACCUUGUACCACUGGGGUGUUUUUCAACCCUAUGCUCAUCGUGUGUGUGUGUGUGUGUGUGUGUGUGUGUGUGUGUGUGCGUGCGUGUGUUCCACAGAGAUCCAGGAGCAGAGGUUAUUCUCAGCCCUGCUCAUUAAGUGUGUAGUGCAGUUGGAGCUGAUCCAGACCAUAGACAACAUGGUCUUCUUCCCUGCAACCAGUAGGAAGGAGGACGCUGAGAACCUGGCUGCUGCACAGGUAACGUCUCACUCCCACCCCUACGUGGAGGAUGAGAGAUAUCACUGGUUCAGAACUUGGUGGAAGGACACAUUUCUUGCUAAAAUGCGUGUUUAAAAGUUUGGCUGGAUGGACUGUCCUGAUCAUUGAAAAUGUGAAAUGUCUCUACUGUAUGUUCUUCUAGUAAAUGUCAGGGAAGGAGGGAAGUAUUUGUCAUACAUAGCAGUGAUAUGUGAAGGCUCUGUUUGUGUUUGGUUGCGUGAAUGUUCUGUGAAAGUUCUCUGAAGGUUGUGUAUGUGUUGGUCCUCUCCAGAGAGAUGCUCUGGAUGCGGCAGACGUCCGUGUUGAGACUCUGGACCAAGGAAUGUACCGCUACCUGACCUCAGAACAGCUGUUCAAGCUGCUGGACUGCCUGCUGGAGUCCCACCGCUUCGCCAAGGCCUUCAACUCUAGCAACGAGCAGAGGACCACUCUCUGGAAGGCAGGUGGGUCACUGCCCUGCACCAGAGCAGAGCCAGGGCAGAGGCAAAACACGAUGCCGCCGGAGAAGAUGGCUGCCGUUUUACAGCCCUCUAACCAAUUGUACUAUUAUGUGUGUUUUUCCACGUUAUUUGUAAUUUAUUUUGUACAUAAUGUUUCUGCCAUCGUCUCUUAUAACCAAAAAUAGCUUCUGGAUAUCAGGACAGCGAUUACUCACCUCGUAUUGGACAAAUAAUUUUUCUUCAUCGAGGCGGCCGCGAAGGAUAUCCUACAGACACCCGACAAGGCCCAAAUCCCCGUCAUUCGCAUGAGGAAGAGACGGAGAUAUCGUGGACGUAGGUCGGGGUGCCUUGUAAGGAUCCGACGGCGAGCGAGUAAACUGCCGCUCCCAUCAAUCCUAUUAGCCAAUCUUCAAUCAUUGGAAAAUAAAUUGGAUGACCUAAGAUUACGGUUAUCCUACCAACGGGACAUUAAAAACUUUAAUAUCUUAUGUUUCACCGAGUCGUGGCUGAACGACGACAUGGAUAACAUACAGCUAGCGGGCUAUACGCUACAUCGGCAGGAUAGAACGGCUGACUCCGGUAAGACAAGGGGUGGCGGUCUGUGUAUAUUUGUAAUCAACAGCUGGUGCACAAAAUCAAAUACUAAGGAAGUCUCGAGGCUUUGCUCGCCUGAGGUAGAGUAUCUUAUGAUAAGCUGUAGACCACACUAUUUACCAAGAGAGUUUUCAUCUAUAUUUUUCAUAGCUGUCUAUUUACCACCACAAACCAAUGCUGGCAUUAAGAUUGCACUGAAUGAGCUGUAUAAGGCCAUAAGUCAACAGGAAAACGCUCAUCCAGAGGCAGCGCUCCUAGUGGCCGGGGACUUUAAUGCGGGGAAACUUAAAUCCGUUCUACAUAAUUUCUACCAGCAUGUUAAAUGUGCAACCAGAGGAAAAAAAACUCUAGACCACCUUUAUUCCACACACAGAGACGCAUACAAAGCUCUCCCUUGCCCUCCAUUUGGCAAAUCUGACCAUAACUCUAUCCUCCUGCUUCCUGCUUAUAAGCAAAAACUAAAGCAGGAAGCACCAGUGACUCGGUUAAUAAAAAAGUGGUCAGAUGACGCAGAUGCUAAGCUACAGGACUGUUUUACUAGCACAGACUGGAACAUGUUCCGGGAUUCUUCAGAUAGCAUUGAGGAGUACACCACAUCAGUCACUGGCUUCAUCAAUAAGUGCAUCGAUGAUGUCGUCCCCACAGUGACCGUACGUACAUACCCCAACCAGAAGCCAUGGAUUACAGGAAACAUCCGCACUGAGCUAAAGGGUAGAGCUGCCGCUUUCAAGGAGCGGGACUCUAACCCGGACGCUUAUAAGAAAUCCCGCUAUGUCAAUACAGAUAAGAUUGCGAUUGCCUCGACGAACUUCAAAACAGGAAAGAGUCAAUACAGGACUAAGAUUGAAUAGUAAUACCCGCUAUGAUGCUCCGGAUGUGGCAGGGCUGAAAACUAUUACAGACUACCAAAGGGAAGACAGCCGCGAGCUUCCCAGUGAACAAGCCGUACAGACGAGGUAACCACUUGCUAUGCUCGCUGAGGCAAGCAACACUGAAGCAUGCAUGGAGAGCACCAGCUGUUCCGGAUGACUAUGGUGAUCACGCUCUCCGUAGCCGAUGUGAGUAGACUUUUAAGACAGGUCAACAUCACAAGCCGCAGGUGCCAGACGGAUUACCAGGACGUGUACUCCGAGCAUGUGAGCUGACCAAAUGGCCAAGUGUCUUCACUGACAUUUCAACAGUCCUGACUGAGUCUGAAUACCAAACAUGUUUCAAGCAGACCACCAUCGUCCCCGUGCCCAAGGACACGUAAGAUAACUGCCUAAAUGACUACCGACCGUAGCACUGACGUCUGUAGGCCUACGGUCUUGCAAUAACGCCAAAAAAGUCCACAGAUGAUGCACAAUCUCUAUUGCACUCCACACUGCCCUUUCCCACUGGACAAGAGGAAACACCUACGUGAGAAUGCUAUUCAUUGACUACAGCUGCAGCAUUCAACACCAUAGGGUCCCUCAAAGCUCAUCACUAAGCUAAGGAUCCUGGGGACUAAACACCUCCCCUCUCGCAACUGGAUCCUGGACUUCCUGACGGGCCGCCCCUAGGUGGUAUAGGGUAGGUAACAACAAAUCUGCCACACUGAUCCUCAACACGGGGGCCCCUCAGGGGUGCGUGCUCAGUCCCCUCCUGUACUCCCUGUUCACCCAUGAUGCAUGGCCAGGCACGACUCCAACACCAUCAUUAAGUUUGCCGACGACACAACAGUGGUAGGCCUGAUCACCGACAACGAUGAGACAGCCUAUAGGGAGGAGGUCAGAGACCUGGCCGUGUGGUGCCAGGAUAACAACCUCUCCCUCAACGUGACCAAGACAAAGGAGAUGAUUGUGGACUACAGGAAAAAAAAGAGGACUGAGCACGCCCCCAUUCUCAUCGACGGGGCUGUAGUGGAACAGGUUGAGAGCUUCAAGUUCCUUGGUGUCCACAUCACCAACGAAAUAUCAUGGUCCAAACACACCAAGACAGUCGUGAAGAGGGCACGACAAAGCCUAUUCCCCCUCAGGAGACUGAAAAGAUUUGGCAUGGGUCCUCAGAUCCUCAAAAAAUUCUACAGCUGCACCAUCGAGAGCAUCCUGACUGGUUGCAUCACCGCCUGGUAUGGCAACUGCUUGGCCUCCGACCGCAAGGCACUACAGAGGGUAGUGCGUACGGCCCAGUACAUCACUGGGGCCAAGCUUCCUGCCAUCCAGGACCUCUAUACCAGGCGGUGUCAGAGGAAGGCCCUCAAAAUUGUCAAAGACUCCAGCCACCCUAGUCAUAGACUGUUCUCUCUGCUACCGCACGACAAGCGGUACCGGAGUGCCAAGUCUAGGUCCAAAAGACUUCUCAACAGCUUCUACCCCCAAGCCAUAAGACUCCUGAACAGCUAAUCAUGGCUACCCAGACUAUUUGCACUGCCCCCCCACCCCAUCUUUUUACACUGCUGCUACUCUGUUAAUUAUUUAUGCAUAGUCACUUUAACUCUACCCACAUGUACAUAUUACUUCAACUACCUCAACUAGCCGGUGCCCCCGCACAUUGACUCUGCACCGGUACCCCCCUGUAUAUAUAGCCUCCCUACUGUUAUUUUAUUUUACUUCUGCUCUUUUUUUCUCAACACUUUUUUUGAUGUUGUUUUAUUUGACUUUUUUUAUUUAAAAUAAAUGCACUGUUGGUUAAGGGCUGUAAGUAAGCAUUUCACUGUAAUGUCUGCACCUGUUGUAUUCGGCGCAUGUGGCCAAUAAAAUUUGAUUUGAUUUGAUUUGAGAUAUACAGUGCAUUCGGAAAGUAUUCAGACCCCUUUACUUUUUCCACAUUUUGUUACGUUACAGCCUUAUUCUAAAAUUGAUUAAAUAGUUUUUUUCCUCAUCAAUAUACACACAAUACCCCAUAAUGACAAAGCAAAAACAUUUUUGCAAAUGUAUAAAACAUUACAAACGGAAACAUCACAUUUACAUAAGUAUUCAGAUCCUUUACUCAGUACUUUGUUGAAGCACCUUUGGCAGCGAUUAAAGCCUUGAGUCUUCUUGGGUAUGACACUACAAGCUCUACACACCUGUAUUUGGGGAGUUUCUUCUCUGCAGAUCCUCUCAAGCUCUGUCAGGUUGGAUGGGGAGCGUCGCUGCACAGCUAUUUUCAGGUAGGGUUCAAGUCCGGGCUCUGGCUGGGCCCCUCAAGGACAUUCAGAGACUUCGUGGUUCCAAACUUCUUCCAUUUAAGAAUGAUGGAGGCCACUGUGUUCAAUGCUGCAGACAUAUUUUGGUACCCUUCCCCAGAUAUGUGCCUCGACACAAUCCUGCCUCGGAGCUCUGCAGACAAUUCCUUCAACCUCAUGGCUUGGUUUUUGCUCUGACAUGCACUGUCAACUGUGGGACCUGAUAUAGACAGGUGUGUGCCUUUCUAAAUCAUGUCCAAUCAAUUGAAUUUACCACAGGUGGACUGCAAUCAAGUUGUAGUAACAUCUCAAGGAUGAUCAUUGGAAACAGGAUGCACCUGAGCUCAAUUUCGAGUCUCAUAGCAAAGGGUCUGAAUAUUUAUGUAAAUAAGGUACUUCUGUUUUUUAUUUUUAAUACAUACAUUUGCAAAUAUUUCUAAAAACAUGUUUUCGCUUUGUCGUUACGGGGUAUUGUGUGUAGAUUGAUGCAUUUUUAUUUAUUUAAUUGGUUUUAGAAUUAGGCUGUAACGUCACAAAAUGUGGAGAAAGUCAAGGGGUCUGAAUUAUUUCCGAAUGCACUGUACAGUGUACCUGAGAAUAGUCUAUAUAUGGCUCUGCAGUGCACCACCUGAGGAAACUCCAAGAAUUACAUGAAGUAGGAGAGUGAUGUUCUGAAUCUCAAGAUUCCUCAGGAAGCACGGUAUAUCUGUUCUGGAGCCAAAUGGAACUCUCUGAACAAUUGGAACAAUGCCCUGUUUGUCGUCCCUAGUUUUGAUGGGCAUCUGUGGCUGUAACGGACAGCAACCGCUCUCUCUCUCUCUCUGUCUGUCUGUCUGUUCCAGGUUUUAAAGGGAAGUCGAAGCCCAAUCUGCUGAAGCAGGAGACCAGCAGUCUGGCGUGUGGCCUAAGGAUCCUGUUCCGGAUGUACACUGAUGACAGCCGUCAGACCGCCUGGGAGGAGGUCCAGAGACGGCUGCUUAAGUAAGUAAGGGCUGCCAUGCCCCCACCACCAUAUCACUGAAUGGAGGCUGUCAAACAAUACACUUGGCCAUAUACCAGACUUACUGAAGGCUAAACUCAGGGAAUUGCUUGAAUGCUGCUUUGAAUAGGUAGCUUGAUUACUGCCAGUGGAAACCUCAAUAACUCCUAACUCACACCAAACACUGUCCUUAUCUCCAGCUAAUCUCCACUUGGCUUUGUGUCCCUUUGUCUCAACCUGCCCAUAGAAAGUCAUUAGAGUUUCAGAUUAAGCUUCAUUUCACUAAAAACAACAUUCUUUAAAUGAGCAGAGUAACAGUCUCCCUUAAUGAUCAUCUGCAGCUCUGUUCUACUGCUUCCUGUUGUUCUGUUCCUUUCCUCUCACUAACGAGCCUUUCACCGUUCCUUGACAAUCCCUAAUCAUCCUCUCACCACAUACUCAAACCUCCCUCAUUGGGCUGUGUGUAAUGGCAGUCAUACGAAGGGCAUUAUUUUCACAUAUGUCUGAAGUAUGCCCAGAAUGUGCUUUAAUUUACACUAAUAUUUAAUGACUAAUUUUCUGCUUUUUGUCGUGGGUGGAAUUCUCUGCAAACAUGAUGACUUUUAUUUAAAUCCUAUAAAUGGAAUAUCUGGAGUAUUACUAAGAACCAGGCAGGCAGCUAUCUACAGUAUCUAACAGCAUAAACAACUUUCAUUAUUGGUGGAAUCAAGGCCAUGUCAGACACUGCUAUCUAUGAAGGGCUGAUGGGAGAGGGAGGGCAUUGAUCAGUCCAUGUAAUCACAGAGGAAACAGGAUUGAGUGGGGGGAGGGGAGACUCAUCUUGACAGCUAUGCUCUGUCCUGACCCUGACCACAGCUGUUUGAGAGACUGAGACAUUCACGCCUCUGUUUACACCAACUAGGGAAUAGAGAAGUCACAGUCGCCAACGCAAAACAUCAAUAUCCGCCACAGCAGGAGGGGAAUAAAAAUUAAUUGGUCUUGAGAGAGAAUGAUUGAGUCAGAUUGUGUUGAUGUUGCUGUAUCUCCAGUCGAUGACUCUCACUCUCUCCAAACAUUCAGAGCGCUCGUCUAAAUGUGACAGAUAUCUGAAAUAACUGAAUGGAUAGUAGGCCUAUAGAUCCACAAACAGACUCUGUGUUGCUGUUAUUACUCAGUCUAUUGUCAUCGCCUUGUCUUUCUAUUGCAGUAUCGCAUAGUAGCUAUCGUCUUGUCUUUCAGACUCACUUUGUAUUGCAGACAGUCUCUGUAUUAGCAGGAAACUCCUAGGUUGUCAGUCUCUGAUAUGUCCUUUCAUGUGUAAGAGAGAGAGGGACAGAGAGGGAGAGUGAGAGCUCACGGACUGGACUAUCACAAACAUGCACGCACACACACCACACUAGUACAGCAUGGCAUGCUAGAGGAGAGGGCAGCAGACAUGCUGCAAGGUGCUUACGAGGGCUAAGCAGAUUUGGGAGGUGAUUAGGUCAUGGAGUGUAAAGGAGCCGUGAAGAAGGGAGGAGAUGAGGGGACGGGAGGGAGGGAGAGAUGAAGGGCUGGCAGAUGGAGGUUCUGUUUGAGGAAAGGUCCAGGGUGAGGGUUAGAGGUGCAAUGCUUAAGUCACAGCUGCUCCUCUCCCUGUGGCUGGUGUGGAGUAAAACAAUUUCAUGUUGGCAGUGAAUUUAGUCUUGCUGCUAAAUAAUGAGUGAAUCGCAUCUUAAUUCUGUGUCACUGAACAGUUUUCAUAUGGACAAUGAGUCACUUUAUCAAGAUCUCUCCCUCUUUCCCUCUAGGGUGUGCAGUGAGGCAGUAGCCUACUUCCUGACUCUAACAUCAGAGAGCCACAGAGAAGCCUGGACCAACCUGCUCCUCCUCUUCCUCACCAAGGUCCUGAAGAUCAGUGACGACAGGGUAAGGAUCUCAACCAUUAACAAUAUUCAGACAGGCCACUGAUUUGGUCAAGUCAUUGUCAGCGACAUGUUCAAGAAGACCUAACCACGUCUUUGUAUGGAUAUGAAUCUGUAUGAAGAUGUUUUAUGUCUAUCUCUUUUUCCACAGUUCAAGGCCCAUGCAUCCAGGUACUAUCCUCUGCUGUGUGAGAUCAUGCAGGUUGAUCUAAUCCCAGAACUGCGGGCCGUGCUGCGGAAGUUUUACUUACGCAUCGGCAUCGUGUUCCAGAUCGCCCCGCUGCCUGACACCUCCCAGCCAGAACAGAAAAGGAACCACCUGCAGAACCAGAACCAGAGCUGGAAGUUGAGGUGGAGAGGGGGGAGGUGGCUGGAGAGGAAGUCCAGUGAUGGUGCACUUGUAGCGGGCUGGCUGCGAGACCUC